UAGAUAACCGGAAGUGGAUGGUUUGAUUGUAUUCCCGGGUCCCGGUUGUUGAAUGUCGCCUGUCGCUGGGCGGGAAGUGUGGGAAUAGAGCAGGUUGGCUGUGACCAUGGACAGGUAAGGAGGGAGGGUGGUGGUCGCUGCCACUGUGAGCCAUGUGACAUGUGUGGGCCUGGUGCUCUACCAUGAAUGUAGUGUGCUCCAUGCAUGCUUCACGUGCUAUGGAGGGAGAACCCUCCUCUGUAUAACCCAUUGGGAACCACACAAUCCAUGAAUGACCAGCAUGUCCCACUAUUAAAACAUUGUAAUUAAGGAGUAUCCUCCCCAAUAUCACUAUAAUCCCCAUCUGACUGUGCCCAUGUCCCACUAUUAAAACAUUGUAAUUAAGGAGUAUCCUCCCCAAUAUCACUAUGAUCCCCAUCUGACUGUGCCCAUGUCACACUAUUAAAACAUUGUAAUUAAGGAGUAUCCUCCCCGAUAUCACUAUGAUCCCCAUCUGACUGUGCCCAUGCCCCACUAUUAAAACAUUGUAAUUAAGGAGUAUCCUCCCCGAUAUCACUAUGAUCCCCAUCUGACUGUGCCCAUGUCACACUAUUAAAACAUUGUAAUUAAGGAGUAUCCUCCCCAAUAUCACUAUGAUCCCCAUCUGACUGUGCCCAUGUCACACUAUUAAAACAUUGUAAUUAAGGAGUAUCCUCCCCAAUAUCACUAUGAUCCCCAUCUGACUGUGCCCAUGCCCCACUAUUAAAACAUUGUAAUUAAGGAGUAUCCUCCCCAAUAUCACUAUGAUCCCCAUCUGACUGUGCCCAUGCCCCGCUAUUAAAACAUUGUAAUUAAGGAGUAUCCUCCCCAGUAUUACUAUGAUCCCCACCUGACUGUGUCCAUGUCCCACUAUUAAAACAUUGUAAUUAAGGAGUAUCCUCCCCAGUAUUACUAUGAUCCCCAUCUGACUGUGUCCAUGUCCCACUAUUAAAACAUUGUAAUUAAGGAGUAUCCUCCCCGAUAUCACUAUGAUCCCCAUCUGACUGUGCCCAUGUCCAACUAUUAAAACAUUGUAAUUAAGGAGUAUUCUCCCCAAUAUCACUCUGAUCCUCAUCUGACUGUGCCCAUAUCCCUUAGUUUAUCUGUCCCAUUUAGCCCAAGAUGCCGGACAUGUUACCCUCUGUGUUAAAUCUCAUUGAAGCUAUUUAUCAUUGUUAUGUGCAGGAGUAUUAUUUUACAUGUGUUUACUGUGGAAGCAGUAGUUAACCUAAUUUGUGUUCCUUUGAUGGAUCAGACCUGGUUUCUCUUAUUUGAUUUAAAAUAAAAAAUGUUUCACUUAAAAGGCCUGAAUUGUUCUUCCAUGACUUGUCAGUAGAUUGUGAGUAUGUGAGCAUAAACUACUGGCGCAUGUAAAAUUUAUCAGUUUUGUUUACAUUCAUCAUCACUGGUCCUUUUUGUCCUGUAGUGUGAUGUAAUUGGGUAUAAAUCCCUUUCUAAGGUGUCUUGAUUAAAGGGACACUAGUCACCUGAACAACUACAGCUUAUUGUAUUUGUUCUGGUGAGUAUAAUCAUUACCUUCAGUCUUUUGCAGUAAACACUGUCUUUUUAGAGAACAUGCAUUACAGUAAUGUUUACAUUACAGCCUAGGGAUACCUCCACUGGCAAAUCCUGGGGUAGUGCUGCACAGUGUCUCCCGCCCUCUGCCUGGAGACACUGGAUGUUCCUUAUAGAAAUGCAUUGAUUCAAUGCAUCUCUAUGAGGAGAUGCUGAUUGACCAGGGCUGUGUUUGGCUUGUGCUGGCACUGCCCCUAAUCUGCCUUCUUGACAGUCACAGCCAAUCCUAUGGGAAAGAAUUGUGAUUGGCUCUGAACAUUACUUCUGAUAAUGUCAGCAAAGGCGCAGAGCCAGCAGCAGCAGUAAAGGUAAUAUUUUUACUAUGUUUAGAGGGCCAGGGGGCUACAUGGUGGUUUUAAAACUAUAGAGUCAGGUAUACAUGUUUGUGUUCCUGGCCCUAUAGUGUUCCUUUAAGUGAAAUUAAUGCGUGGCUAGUAAAUGUUAGUCUGAAACACAUUACCUUUUAGGGUUUGGGUUUUUGUUUCUUAUAACCUGCUGGGCAUGGUAUUCUAUAGUGGUUUUAAGAGGAAAUCUAAGCAAUUCAAAAUUGUAAGAAUCUUUACACUAUUUAAUCCAGCCAAACUUGAUAAAGUUGUAACAUGCCCAAUAAAAUGCAGACAUGAUUUAUUAUAAGUAUAUAACAGUGCAAAUAUGUAAAUGUAUUUGAUCCAUACUUUACUGUAACCAUGGAAAACCCUUUACAGUACUCUCCUUUCCAGGAGGUCACAUGUGGAUUUUUCUUCUCCGGUGCUUCGGGAUGCUGAGAUUUCCAGAACUGCCCGUCGACAUAAGUCUACCGGGAUUACUUGUAUCCUUUACAUUGUUCUGAUAUUACUGCUUUCAUACGUUUGUGCAGAUUUUUGCCAUAACUACAAGAAUUACAUUCUGACACAUAUUAAAUAUUAUAUUAUGUAUGCCACAUACACACACUUUUGGCAUUGGAAACGGAGCCAGGUUGUCCAAUGUUUGGAGUGUUCCUUUAGAGAGUCAGAAAGGUAUGCAGCCACUAGAAGCACUUCUUCAUAGUCUUUCAAAUAUUAAAGUUUUCGUGUUGUACAUCAGUUUACGGUGUGAAGGCUUCCGGGUUCAGUGCUUUUCUAUUAGCAGCAUAGACUUUGCAGAGUGUGGUGAUUGCCACAUUAAAUUGGCCCAGGGUCAUCCUUUUAAGAUGAUUUCAGAAGAGGAGUAGCUGCUGGAUCGACACCAGGAUGACACUGGAGAAAAGGUGAGUUUCCUUCUAAUGAAAAUAUAUGUAACAACUUAGCAAGUUGAUAGAACAUGAAAUAAUGUGCCAUUCUUGGCAGUGUUUUUACCUGUCUAAUAUUCGUGCAUAUAAAGUUUUCUCAUGCAAUUUAUUUAUUUUUAUAUAUUUUUUUAAGGUAAACUUGCCUUUGCAAAAUUGCUUAGUUUUUUACCAGCAAAUAUUAUAUUUUAAACAUUGCAACUAGCUUACUGCUUUCCUUAACAUCUGGCCCCAGCGGAUGACAACUGGACUGGUGCUAGUACAUCAAGAACUCAAACAGUGACUUGGACACCUGGGUCUCUUCUACGGCAAAACUGUAAGUAUCUUCCCCACCCCAAAAGAAACAACUUAUAUGGCUGCAACACUAUUAACAAGCCAAAUAACUGGUCAUUAUGAAUAGGAUAGCUUCAGGUUGAAUAUGUAGAUUUUCCUAUGCAACCGUACUUCAUGAUAAGUGGAAGUUUAGCUUAUAGCUUGAAAACUGCAAACUGUUAAUCCUGUUAAAAAUUUUGUAAUGCAGAAAUGUUAUCAAAACACUAAAUUUCAUAGAACAGUGCAGAUAAUGUGCAACCAAUACAGGCCAUAGUACAAGAAAAAGGGGCAGGAAAAAGUUAAGUGUUAAGAAGUGUCCUCAGUCUCUGUGGUGUAGAAACAUUGGAUGAGUUGGGCUUGUAAGGUAGAAUUAAAAUGAAAGAAUGUCUGGCCCACUAAUAUAGGCCAGUUUCUUUGAACUGAUAAAGUAUCAGUUACUAAAUAAUUUUAUAAGAAUUGUAUGGAGACCAGUGCUGUAAGGGAGAGAAAGUGUUGGCAGAAUUCCUUUUUUAGCCCUGACAGUGCUCACCCGAUUACCUCACUGACUAGUCCAGGGAACCUUUGGCACUGCAGAUGUUUUGGACUUCACCUCCCAUGAUUCUUUGCCAGCAUUAUGGCCGUAAGAGCAUUGUGGGUGAUGUAGUCCACAACAUCUGGAGUGAGGAAGGUUACAUACCCCUGGACUAGGACAUUAUAGCAUUAGGAAUCCCUGGACUAGGACAUUAUAGCAUUAGGAAUACAUAUUCCUAAUGCUAUAAUGUCCUAGUCCAUUGCUGCAGUGUAUUAGAACUAUGGUACUUGUAGUACUGUUGGUGGGUGUUAAUUGUAGACACUGGUGAUCUGCAGCAAUUGUAAUAAUUUAAAGUGUGAAUAUUACCCCCCAUAUAUUUUUUUCAGUGCAUGGCUGAUCACCUCUAGAUUGUAAGCAUGUUUGAGCAGGGUCCUCAUAACCUUUUAUUUCAUGUUAGCACUUGUAAUAGUUUUGUUUUUUCUUAUUCCCCCUUAUAAAAAUAGAGCGCCAUGGAAUAUGUUGGCAUUGUAUAAAUGCCGGUAAUAUUUAAUGUAUUUAAAUAAAUAAUAGGUUAGCUCCCACCUAGAGUGUCUCUUUCAGACAUGGGCACAAUGUGAAUAGACUGACCACAACUUUAAAAAAGAAUCACUCUAUGCUUGGAUUUAUCAUUUACAGAUAUAUGAUAUAGCAAAGUAUUUGUUAAACUCAGAUAUACACAAUAGGCGAACAGUGAGUACAGUAGAUUAGGCCUUUAAUCCUGCUUGUUAAUUGGUAUGCUCAAGAAGCAAUUAAAUCUUGUAUGGUAUAGCGUAAAAGGCGAUUGGAAUAGAAGACCAAGUUAUAUUAUAAUUGAUCCUUGUAAGGUGAUGAUAUUACAAGUGAUGCUUUUAAAAGGUGUUCGUAAAUAAAGUAUAAUUAAGUGCAGUUAACCAGUAUAAAAGCAAAACAUCAAGCUAGAGAUCUAAAAAGAUUUAUCAAAAAAGGAAGCAUGAUACAAUCAAUAGUCUUUAUUUUUUUCUGGUUUAUUAAAAAUAUAAUAUUGAAUUAUUUAAUCAAGGUUCAAAUGUUUUUUACUCGCUAGUAGCCAUUGGUGAGCUAAAAAUGUAUCCCCGCGAGUAGAAAUUUACCCCCCCAUGAAUUUGCCAUGGACCUUCAAAGCUUGACGUAGUGAGUAACCUUUUAGGUCUGGCUUGUAGCAUAGGAAUUGAAAUGUUAAAUUCAAUGCACAUCUUUUUGUUACUGUUUUGAAAGGCAACUAGUGAUCACUAUUUGCCAUAUUCAUAUGUCCAUUGUCCCCUUAAGGACACAUGACGGAAAUAUUCCAUCAUGAUUCCCUUUUAUUCCGGAAGUUGUGUCCUUAAGGGGUUAGUGUCACAGUACAAGGGUAAUUCUUCCUAGUAGUCCGUACCGGAGUAAUAUAUUUUAUCAAGUAAAUUCACAUAUGUUUUGUAGGUUAAUUUUGUUCAUGGCCUUUCAGGGAAGUUGGGCAUUAGGAUUUCUGCUUAUUGUUUUGGUUUUUAUAAGUAGUUGGUAUGUUUUUUUAAUUUAUUUAAACUCAAGAUUUGCACAAGCUCUUCUUAUCUUCAGCAAUAAAAUUUCAUAAUGUUUCUCCCUUGUCUUCUCAGUGACACCUCAGUCAUUUAGUGCUUCAAGGCUACAAGAUGUAUCAGCCAUUCUUGGUACUGGAGGUAUCUCUUCCCAUCUUGUCCAGACUCCUGGGCGCUUGGGAAAUGUAUCUAUGGUAUGUUCAGCUCUCAGAAACAAGCCAACAACAUUUGGUCAUAGUGCUAACUUCCUUGCCCUGCUUAAAUUGACUGGAAUUUGUUUUUGGUUUUAGAUGUCUAGCCUGGAUGAAAGCGGAUGGACAGGCACAUAUUCCCCUCAGAGAACAACAAUGUUAAACUCCAUGAAUUCUCCCGGUUAUGGUGAAGAUGUUACAAUCGGUGCAGUCAUGGUACAGGAAGAUGACCCAGGAGAAGCAGGUAUUGUAUCGAUUUUAUUAUAUCACAGUAGUGCCAUCCUAAAGAAAUUGGAUUGUCCACUAAAUAACCACCUGAGACAGGAAAUAAAUAACACCACACUAGAAAAACCAUUUGUUGCUUUUAGAACAGAAUAUAUCCAAUGAUUAAUAAAAAUUCUGUUCGCCUAGAGAAUUUUAUAAUUAAAAACAAUUUCUGUCCAUUUAUUAAUGUCCCGAGGGUUUUGUGUGGCACUUCCUACUUGUGCAUCCUUCAAACCACAAAGGAAGGGUACUAGGAAGUAUUGUGCCUCACACCAGCACUAGGGAUAAAGGACUUUGUGCAAAGUGAACCUGCUGGUGGAUCGAUAAAUCCUCGGGAUCCUCUGUAAUGUCUGCCUUAGGUUGGAAAUGUAGCCGUGCACACUAGCAGUAUACAACACACUGAGUUCCCAAAGAACGCUGUCUGUAUGUGCUCGGAAACACUAGCAUGGUAAUUAUUCUGUUCCUGUGUAUUUUAUAGGCCUGCACCUACUUCCUCAAGUCAAGGAGUUACUGCUGGCGUGCAUGGCUGCUUUUCCAAUUUCCAACCAGAGUGAGACAUUACCAAGGGUCUGGGUGUAUUAAAAUUUUUAAAUACUACGCUAUAAGGGCUACUUGAUUGCUCUAAAUUCCUAAUUUUUCGUUUUUUUUAGUGUAAUUCUAUAAACCCUAUUUUUAAGUGAAAUGCAGAAGUAAACACAGUUCUUGGAACAAUUCUAUUUAAAAAAAAAAAAAAAUCUUUAUUUUUCAUUCGAUGGGUACAGCAAGUACAGUUCAACUUUUGGGCUUGCGCAGAAGCCAAUAUUUGAGAAAACAUUCUUGGAAAUACAAUAUGUAAUUUGAGCUUACAGUACAAGCCUCUUUUUACUCCCAUUGUGCCUUGCCUCCUACCGAGGAUUUUAUUUUUAAUCCAGGCAAUUUAGUUAAAGAAGGAGCCCUAGCUUUUCACAGGCCAGAUUCGUCUUUAGGCGUCCUCGUUUCUCCGACUGUGUAGUCAUGCCUGGGUGAGAAAAAAAAGGAAAGAAAAAACAAACAAAACCCCUAUAAACCAACGGGGGAAAAAUAUUUUUUUAAAAAAGGGAUACGAGGAGAUUUGAAAUGAGAAGGAGCAAGAGAAGAGAAAAGGAGAAAUGUCAAAGAAAUAGAGAAGAAAGAGGGGGGAAGGAGCGGGGCCUUCAGAAUCUAGUUCGCCAUGAAGGUUCUUUGUUGCUAGUUCCCAACUUUAUCACUUUCCGAUCCCUGUCAGUCUCCACUUGAGCCCAUAUACUAUUGUCCCAUGGUUCCCAAAUUCUCUGGAAAGUUACUGUCGUCCCCUUUAUCCUUGCCGUCAGGCCGUCCAUGAUUCUGCAUUCUCUUAUCCUGGAUAUCACCCCUCGAAAUUCCGGACCCCCAGGUGAAAGCCAUGCCAUUGCUCUGCACGCGCUUAGUUAUCUUGUGUACCAGUUUCUGCUCUUUUUUUUGUCCAUCCCUCAAUUGAUCUGUUUAACAGGUAUAUCUAUGGGUCCAUUACCAAUAGUUUGUUGAACGUCUGUUUCAACAAGUCCUUUACUGACUUCCAAAUGCUGUAUAUCUUCGGGCAUUCCCACCACAUAUGGAUGUACAUGCCUCUUAAUCCGCAGCCCCUCCAGCAAUCGUCUGUGUCUCGCAUUUUAUGUAAUUUCACGGGAGUAGUAUACCAUCUUAGCAUGGUUUUCCAUGCCUGCUCCUGUAACGUGACACAUAUGGAAGUGUUUUUGUUUGCUUCCCACAUCUCCUGCCACUCAAUUCCUUCCAGUUCCUCCCCUAGGUCCGUCUCCCAUUGAUCAGUGUCAAUCUACCCCAUUCUUUAUUUUCAGUGCUAAGAUGGGCAUAUAGAAUCGUGAUCAUGCCUUUGGGGGUGGCUCCAUCCAUACAUGAAGUCUCGUAUCUGGACAUAUCUGAAAAAAUCUGCGGGGGUUAAAUGGUUACUUUGUUGGAGUUCUUCGAAUUGUAUGACUUCCCCGUUUCGAUAUAGUUGGUGGAUACGUUGUAGCCCUGUUCUUUCUAUGUUUCUGAAGUAUCUAGGGGCCAUUCCGGGUUGGAACUCUGUUUCUGAGUAUUGGAGCCAGAGGGGAGGGGGACGAUGCAAUAUAUUGCGAUAUUUGCAUCCCAUAAUCGGAGCGAAUUGAGAAUGGCCGGGCAUAUCAUAGGUCUAUAUUCCCUUGGGACCCACAUCGUGAACUGGGGGACGUCUAGUCCCACCAUCAUGGAUUCGAUUUCCACCCACCUCCGUUCCCCCGGUGGGGAGUGCCACAUGGCCACCUGAGUCAGUUGGGCCGCAAAGUAGUAGUAUAGGUUUGGUAGUCCUAAACCCCCUUUGUCCUUACGUCUAUACACUACUUGUCUGGCUAUUCUGUGUCUCUUAUUCUGCCAGACAAAAUCCCCUAUAGCUCUUUGUAGCAGUACCAAUUGUGUUUUUGUAACGCGGAUAGGUAAUGCCUGAAAUAAAAAUAGAAUGCGGGGGAGGAUGUUCAUUUUUACAGAGUUGAUUCGCCCUAUCCAAGAGAUAGGUUUGUCCGUCCACUUUUCUAAAUCUCCUAUCAGAGCCCUUCGCAUGGGGUCGUAAUUGCCAGAGUAUAAGCGUUCCGGGUCUGCUGUUAGAUGGACGCCUAAAUAUUUUAAGGAGUCCGUUACCAUCCCAAUUUGAUAUGUUUCCCUUAUCAGGGUUGCAUCGGCCACCGUUAAGCCGACUGGCAUAGCGCUGGAUUUCUGGAUAUUUGCUUUGUAUCCGGACAAAGUUCCCAGUAUUCUUUUAUUACAUCCUGCUGACAUCGACUCAAUCGGGUUCGUAAUGGUCAGGAGGACGUCGUCUGCAUACUCCUCUGAUAUUCGGGUGUCGAUGAAUCGCCUGUAGCAAGGGCUCCAUUGACGUCACGAAGAGGAGGGGGGGAAAGAGGGAACCCCUGUCUGGUUCCAUUGUAUAGCCUAAAUGGCUAACCGUGGUUUUCACUAAAGUGUGAGUUACCUGAAAUGCAAACAGAUUUCUUUACUAAAGAAUUUAUUUUAGGCCACAAUAAAGUGAUUAAAUCUGCAUGCUAUACCUCCCCGUUAAAGGUACAUGCUAAACAGACCACUUUAGCUCAUGGAUGUUGUCUGGAUACAGUGUCCCUGUCCUCCUUAGUCCUGCAGUGAAAAACAUUCCAGUUUUAGAGAAACUGCAAUGUUUACAUUGAAGUACCAAGACUGCCUUUAGUGGCUGUCUACCAGAAAGCCGAUUGUGGUGCUUCCUGUUGCUUCACUGAGUAUGACUCAGUCAAACGACGCUGGAUGUCCUCACGAUCUGCAUUAAGGACAAUCAGGGAAAACCCCAUAGAAAAGCAUUGAGGCAAUGUUGCACAUACGCAUUGGGUUCCCCCACCAAUGGAGGAGGCGUGCCGCGACCCAGCGCAGAGAAACCAGCACUGGAUUCAGAUAAGUGAAUAAAGGGUUAUUUAACCUUUUACUUCACUGGCGAGGGUCAUGCGGUCUGAGGAACAGGUUGGGAAUAGAUCUUUGUAUUCAUAACACUAAAGUGUUCCUUUAAGGCAGCAGUUUUGGCACAAUCUCUUGAUGUGACGAUUGCCAUGAAUGGACAAUAGAUCCUCAGUGUAUUGGAUUGACCUGAUCUAAUCAGAGUAAAAGCAGCUACUCUUGGAAGAAAAUAAUGGAUUUGUAACUGUACAUAUUUUACCUCCCUUUUUAAAAAUCCCAUUGCAUAGAUAAAAUUGUUAAAUAAUAUUUUUUUCCCUUAAUUAGUACACAUUCAAAUAAAUUGAACUGUUAAUUUUUUUUCUGAAUGUUUUCUGAUUUUAUUUUUUUAUUUCUUGCCUCUAUUCCUGUAUAUUUUCAGCAACAAUGAGUAUGUUUCGUGAAUUUCUGCACGCCUUCUUGAACCAUCCUUCCAGUGAAGUGUUUGACCUUGUUAAAAAGUAUGAAGAUACAUGCAGUGAACAGGUAGAGUAUCCUAGUCGCUCAGAGAAUGUUAUAUAGAUGAGUAUAGCUUUUGGGUGCCUGGCCACACAUAUUGGCAAUUACUAUAACCAUCUAGUCAAAACAAACUGGAAUACAACACUGAAUCACAUAGUCCAUGCACGCAGCCAGAAGCUGAAGUGUCACACUCAAAGGCAGCAGCUUUGAUGGUUUCGCUCUGGUUUUUUUCUUUUAGUCAUGUAGAGCAAGGGUCUGUAGAGAAAACACAAUAGGGCACCCUUUGAUGGAGGAGGAUGUGGGCACUGUGUAGGUGCAGCAGGUGGGUGGAAAAUAGAGAAAAAAUUAAAUACCACAGUGUUCAGCCUGACUUCCAGCCAGCAGUGCUGUCAGAUAACGAACUCUGUGUACACUGGUACAGAUGACAUUUUGUGGAACAGUGUGACACAGACUCCUGCAAAAAUACAGCAUAUUAUUCUGGCCAAAAGUUACCUAUAUCAUUAAAGGGAUUGAAUUCAGGUAUACUGAGAGAUGUUUAGAAGUCUUCAUGUAAAACGUAACUUUUACAUCAAAUGCCCCCAUUUCAAUCAUAUGUAUUUUAAUAAAGAUUUUUCCAUUAAUUAAAUUAUUUUUCAAAAGGGACUAAUUUUAAUUCUUACCUUGGAUUGGUACCUUGUGUUGCCUGUUUUAAGAGUGCGCUUUUUCUUUCCAGAUGGGCUUGCUUAAAAGGAUUGUCAAGCAUGUCACUCCAGGACAGCAGAAGUUUUCCAAAACGGCCAGUAUCCUGUGGCUUCUACGGCAAGAAAUGGUUACGUGGAGGCUUAUUGCAUCUCUUUAUAGGUUAGUGCCCUUAAAAGAACAUGUUAUCUGAAUCUAUACUUUUCAGGUAAGUUCUCAAAGCAAAGGGAACACCGUCAGUUCAGGGUGCAUGCACAUUGAUUGAAAUUACAUUUUUAUUUCUCUUCUUGAUUGAAAUUAAAUUAAUAAAACUUGCAGGUGAAUCAAAUCACCUACUAGCUUUCGUUUUAGUUGUGGAAAUAUUGAGUAAUUUUGAAGAAAGCAAAUGCCAGUUGUCCCGGGCCUCAUAGUACCCUUCUAACCUUCUCUCCUCUCCCUUACUGUCAAAGUGUUUUAGUAGAAUUACUCUAGGGAGACCCAGACAAUUUAUUUUAAAACCACCGCAAAGUAAAAAAUGUCUCUUCCAGUGGAAGUCAAAUUUAAGAUUUUCAAAAACAGUGUUAGUGGAAGAUGUAAAGUCUCUGACUCUCCCCUGCAGAUCGUAUCUGUUCUGAAGCUCCCGUGUCUGUAAUUGAUGUCUUCCUCUCUGUCAGCAUUUGCUGCCAAGAAACUGAUAAGGUCACGCUGAUGUUGCCUUUAGCAACUGGGAAAUUAAUUCCAAAAUAUAUAGUAUUUUAUUUUUAGGUAGAUGCCUAGAUGUUUAAGAUAAUUAAAGAAUAAGAAAGCAUAGCAUGUUUUCGCCUAAUGACCAGAUCUGGACAAGAUAACACCUGCUCUUUAUCUGAAAGGCAAAGAGAGCUAGCCAGAUAGCCUUCGGUCCUAUGUAGUUGGAUAUAUUUUUUUCAAAAUAUCUCAGCUAAUUUCCCUUCAACCCUAUGAGAACCUAGCUGAGACCUGAAGCAUCAGUCGUAAAAUUCUGAACGAUCGAUGUGAGAACUAGAACAAAAAGUAAGAACCGUCUGGCAUCCUUCAUUCCUGCCUGGUUCAGAAAGAAAUGACCGAAGUAUCGGAUUUUACUGCAAAAUCUUAUCAGCAACUGUAUCUGGCCACUGAAGGACCUGUAAACAGUGUUAUGCCUAAAGAAGCUGAAGAGACCUAGCAGGUUCUUACAACACGGGAACCAAUAUUAUUUCCCUAGUACCUUGUCUACUGAAGUAGAAGAGAGAUUUCAGGUGAUAAGGACAGAGAGAACCACAAUUUUUUUCUUCUGGGAAUUACCAUUCUCUGAGAGUCAAAAACCCUUGUCAAAAUAUUUACACCUGAACUGUUCCUUGACAAACACCAGAACUGCACACUUCUUGAAAAGGGAAUUCUUUAUCAGAAGAUUGAUUAGCAUCCACCUGUAUGCUGUAGAAAAACACCCUAACCUUUAGGGCAGGGGUUCUCAACCCAGUCCUCAGGACCCCCUACCAGUCCAGGAUUUGGGGAUUACCUGGGUGUGUCUCAGGUGUUUAGAAAAAGGGGGAAAAAAACACCUUAGACUCUAAGGUGUUUUUUUUUCCCUCUUAUUCUAAACAUCUUAGAGACACCCAGGUAAUCCCUAAACCCUGGACUGGUAGGGGGUCCUGAGGACUAACAUUGAGAACCCCUGCUUUAGGGGCUGGUGUACAAAAAUUAAUUAGGUGCCCCUGAGGAAGCAGUAUUGUAGAGAUUCAACAAAUUUAUGGAUUGCAACAUUUUGCAUAGUGAGAGAAUCUUAAGUGGCAAUUGCCAUAAGCUCUUUCUUAAAAGAAAACGGCAGUAAACCAUCCCUGUCAUACCGUAUCUAUGGCAGUGCAGGGUACAAACUGAACUUGGUGGAACUACAUCUUGAUCAAUAGGCCUGCAGCUGUCCUAGAAUGUGCUUCAAGCCCAGUAACAUGAGGAAGAAAUUUUCCAUAGAGACUAGUUCAUACAGGUUACCAUUUUUAUUGGCCGAAGCGAGACUGAUUAUAUAGAUAUACAGUCUGCAUAAGACAAUACCCAUGAUCCAGGCCUUCCUUAACCGUAAUUGGGAAGCAAAUGCAAACUGCAUUUCAAAACCUGUUUGAUGCAGACUCUGCAGGAACCAGUAUUAGAAGUAAUUCUUUAAAAUUGCAAUACCAACCAUUAGCCUUACCUCCUAUAGGAUUUCCUUAGCCGUAUUUGGGAACAGAGGCUAGAGCAGACAGAACAGCUGCAACUGCAUUUCAAAACCUGUUUGAUGCAAACUCUGCAGGGACCAAUAUUAGGAAGCAUUUUCUUUAAAAUUGCCAUUCCAACAGUCAGCUCAAACCUGUCUUUGUAACUGACAACAUAGGACUUGGAAUUUAAGACAAAACAUAAAAUGUGCAACCAUGGAGUGAAGCACAGGAAAAGUUCUACCCCAGCUGAAAACCAGACUGCCUUUUUAGAAACUGAUAUCAGGUGACACUAGUUGAGGUGGUGAGAAUGCUAAUUGCAACAGAGCUUUGUCUACAGCAAUUGCCAAAGCCUACUGCAUGUUUUAAGAAAAUAAACACUGUGGCUAGGAUCCUGGCAUUUAAAGAAUCCAUCUGCUACAACAGUAUAUUAACUUAACCAAAACCAGAUAUUAAAUAUCAGCCUCCUGAGGAUAAUCCUCCAAUAGUCAUACAGGUCUUGCUCCUGUGAAUAUAUUCCACCGGAACACUUCACUUUAAUUACUGACCCUGUUGCAGCAAUUAGUGAUAUUGAGACCCAUAUUAACUAAUCACUGUGUAGCAGCUAUUUUGAGCCAGAAAGGAAACUUAAAUUUACCAAAUAGAAUUAUGUAAAAGUAUAUUCUUAUCUAAUACCCUUUAUAGGCUUUACUCAAAGAAUAAUCUAUUAUGGUCUCGAUCUACUAAGUGCUUACACUUUCAAAGCACUAUGUUUUAAGAUUUUAGGAAUAUCUUUAAGUGAUGAGAAGCUAAAAACUCUCGAACUUAGAAACAUUUGCGCUUUUUUAGCUUAUCCAUCUUGCAGCACAGAUAAUUAACUUAUUCAGGCUAGAGUCAUUUAAGAUAAAAGCAAAAAGGCUUACCUUAAAUAUCCUCCGAGUGUGUUGGAGGUUGAUGAGAACACACUUGCAACAGAUUCUGAGUGCACCUGGCAACAUUUAGUUGCUGCAACAUUUAGUCCUGGAAACCAACAUCUUGAUCCCGGAGAGAAAAAUGAUAAAGAUAUUGGCACCUGAAUUUUAAAUCGCAUUACGCAUGUCCUGCAUUUCGCGAUUUCACAGCGGAAAUAAACGUAACCUGUACGAGUGUUCCACCGCCAGGACUUCCCAGCUAGUGCCCAAAUGCACACCAUCGUCUGCCCGGCACCUGGCUCUGUAUUGACAGAAGUAAUACAACCCGGGGAGAUACAGCCGUCUGGUGUGUUAUCCCUGGCCGAUCUCUGAAAAAUUUAUUUAAAAGAAGUAGAGCCUCCAGAGCCUCAGCCCUCUCACCAUACUUCUAGGGAGAAAACCUGAACCUGACACCCUCCUCUGCCGGAGGUAGGCAAAGAACUGGGGAUGUCUUGGGUAGGAAGCAAUUUAUAAGGCCAAAGGUUAAUUGGGGGAGGUUCUUGAAAAGUUUGGGAGAUUGCCUGCCUGUUUUUUCCCUCCAGGUGAUGAAAUCCCAGUUGUAAAGCACUGCCUCUAGUCUGAAGGGAAAAUAUUUAGGCAUAUUUUUGAAAGAAGUGACAUUUUACAUGCAAAUUCUUGAUAGACUAUAAUUUUUUAAUAAAUUAAAGAAAAACUGUAGACACUUUAGCAACUUCAUCUUUGAUGGACUUGCGGGCAGUGCUCGUGUGGAAAGAGCACCUGCAUGUCUAAACAGCGUAAUGGAUAGUGCUGUGCGCAAGAGGCAUUGGAUGGCGCAUUGCUGUGAUUGUUGCACCUCAUGUGCCUUAACUCCACAAAGUUUCUCUGUGAGAAGCAUUGGAUUGCACCAGAGUAAUCACACUUAAUGACUUCAAAAGAGGCUGAUGAGACUGCUGCCAGUGGAGUGAAGGGAAGGGGAGCCCUGAAAACGAAAUAACCACACGGACACGGCAGAGUUAGGACAAAAAAAAAGUUAUUAAAGUACCAUGUUCCUUUAAAUCAAAUUGAUGGCGCUUGAUGUUACAUUUGCAUCAUUACAACUGUAAUCCAGUUGUAGCACUAGGUUACAUAACACAUGCACACAUUUGAUAGUAAACAGAGGGUGUGGGGGGUAUAGGAAAAGAUUAAUUGCUGGAAAACCAUAUCCAAUGAAUACCAUUGUGUUGGGGAGUUAAAAAAAUAAAAAAAUCAUUGUGUCGAGGUUAAAAAUAUAGGAAUGUUAUUUGUUUUGGGUUGUUUUCAUUUGUUUGAUGGAGGAGGUUCUGUAAUUUAUUUACAUUUUAAUGAAAUUUUUAGUUUUUUUUGUUCAGGUUUUGUUUUUAAUGCAUAAUGGUAUAUAAUGGUAAUUUUUCCCAUUUAAUGCUCUCUUUGUAUUUGUUACCUACCUUUUUCAGAGAUCGAAUACAGUCUUCGCUGGAAGAGGAAAGCAUGUUUGAUAUUGCUGUAAGUUGUAACUUAGGGGAAAAGGUUUAUACGUUUGACAGUUUGGGCAAUAGAAUAAAUCAGGGUAAAAUUUGAUGCUUGUCAUUGAAUGGGAUUUUGCAUUUCACUGUAUGUCCCUGUUUUAGUUGGUUUUAACUGGUUCUUCAACUUGUCUAAACUCUGCAGUGAUGAAGUGGUCAUGGUGGCAGGAGUGCGUAUGUGCAUUGUUCCUGUUUGAAACACUGCACAUAGAGAGAGAUUUCUUCCCAUUGUGUGAUCCCUCUGUUACACACUUUUAAAAACAAAGAAAAAUCUCCCUUUCCUUGCUGGGCCAAAGCACAGGGCACUCUGUGCCGGCAAAAUGGACACCUUCUCCAUUGCGCCUUACUGGGCAUAUUACACAGAGAAAGUCCUGUCCGCCCCUUCAAAAGGGCUGGUGUAACCCUUUAACUGUGAUGUGUAAACAAGUACGAUAUUUGUAUGUUGGAUCUGUGUAAUUAUGGCAUGUAAUUCUUAUUUCCCACAGACACUUAUAUCACAAACGCAGUCUUAUUUUUCAAUGAAAGAUACACUUUUGAUGAGUACAGGAAAAAUUAUUUUCAUGUUUUAUGUGCUUAUUUAGCUGAAAUUCUUUAUUUUUUGUUAUUUUUUUAGGCACCAAAUGCAAGUGAAAAGAUGGUUGUAGAAAAACUUUUUCAGAGAGAUUCCCUUGUCCGUCAGACUCAGGUGAGUUCUAAAGAAUCUUUUGUAAUUUAUCAGGGAAAACAAAGCAUUCCUGUUAGUUUAUAGAUUACUUUAAUUCGUAUUAUCUGACUAAAAAAUUUACCCACUGUUUACCAGAAAGAAAAAUGUGAAACUUUCAAAAGCAUUAAAAUAAAAAGCUCAAAAUGUGGCUAACCAUUCCUUACUCUCCCUAAUAAACUUCGAUGAUGCCAGCGUGUUCUUGGAUAGAAAUAAUGGAUACAUUGUUAAAAACUUUGAAGAGAGCAGGCAGCCAUGUUUUGCAGCUCUGGUCUCUUGUUUCUAAAAACUGCUGAAUAUUGCUUACUGAUCUCUGCUGGCCCGGAUUACUACAUGUUUCUGAAUAUGGCAAUACCCCAGCUAGCGAUUGAUGCCGGUGGGUAGCAGAAAGCCGCCUGUGUGUGGCACUACCAAAGACUCUGGCCUACUGCAUAUAGUACUGGCUUAAUAGGGCUUGAAGGCCUGCUGCACGAUUUGGGUGAGGUGCCAAGACAACAAGUUCAGAGCAACAAAUGUGAUUUAUACUUACCAGAAGAUUUAUGGGGGUAGAUCCGUGGCCCUUCUCCCCCCUGCCGUUGGAGGUUAUCUCGGCCGCAUGUUCUGUUUUUUUUUUUUCCAGUGGUGCACCUGUUAUGAUGGCAGCACCCUGCAUGGGACUUACUUUUUAUGUUUCCCUGCUUCUUCACCACCUUGUCGGAUGAUUAGCACAGAAACAUUAACAUGUUCAGAAGCCAAAUUUGCCAUCAUACCUAUGCCUUGGGAGGCUGCUGGCCCACUGUGGCACAUCCUGAGCGGUCUCUGUAACGGACCGUUUAUCUCACAAGAGGAUAAAAACAGUUUAGGCGAUAAUCCCCUUUCCCAUAGACCAGCAGCUACUGCAAGCACCAAACUCCCGAACUGCAAACUGUACGAAUUCACCAACUCCCGAACUGGAAACACACGAACACUGGAAUCAGCCGAACAGGAAAAGCAUACAAUCAGCUUACACUCCUGGCAGUCAGCAUACAAUCCAAUUCCCCCCAAAAACGAGACGACACAUCGGUUUGAGGGUCAAGCAGAAUCUCCCUGUACUGUCACAUACAGUCUCUUUUAUUCCCAAUCCACAAACAUAGUACAGCCCACAGGGCGUUACAAAACAACCAAUCAAUCAGUACAAUACACCCAGACACUCCCACACAAAAUCCUCCCCUCUGCAGGUGAUAUGAUUACUGAACACAAUGGGUAAUCUCAUUAUCACCGGCAGAGGAAUACAGUUUUUACACAAUAUUUAUAACUUCUAAAAUAUACAUGUCACAAACAUACAUUUUCAUAAUCAAUCCAUUCAGAGGAACAACAUAUUAAAAAAUGGCACGAAUCAGACCAGGGGUUCAAAAGUUAAGGGAAAGUCCUUUGUGACUAAAUGAAGCAUGGCUUUCUGGCCCAAACCAGUUUCAGAGUCUUCUAUCCUGGAGAGUAAUUCAAUUAUCUCCCACGACAGACACAAGACUCCAUUAAGCACAUGGUUGCAAAAAGACACAAAACACUUUAAAAUACAUAAAGUCACAUUUACACAUAACACACAGACAUUUCACAUAUCCCCAGAUAGCUGGGAUCUGAGCGCACAUUAUUAGAUGAAUGGCACUCCGAUCACACAAAUAAGCCUUUCUGCAGGGGAAAUAAACGGUUUAACCUGCAGGGCCAUAGUCCAAAGGGAGCAGGCGAGCAACCAGGCUUCUCCAGUUCACAGUGGCGAGGUUGGUUUCGCCACAGUCUCCCACUGUCAUUUAUGGAGUCUAUGCAUCUUAGCUAUACAGGGGCCCAUAGAGAAUUGUGCACACCACUGAGAGCCCUUUUGGGUUUAGAUGUGAAGGCCUCAGCCCAAAAGGGCUGUUCGUCCUCUGCUGUGUAAUAUCCAGUGAUGGGAGAGACAUGUGGUGACUUUCAUAUUGCCCAGACAGAGCUCUGACUGGCGGCACGGCUUUCGUGGGCACACAGUGCUAUGGGACACUUGAUGAUUAUGACACUGGCCAGCUUGGGUGGGGAAAGAGUGGAUCUUAUGCCCUUAGGUUCAUACAUCUGAAAUCUUACAGAUCUUCCUGUAUAGCUUAUGUUACCCAUUGCUCUGGUGGUGAUAUAGGCUUAUUUUUUUCUUCUCUUAAGGUCAAAACUGUGCUGUCUUUGUAUGAGAUCUGGUCACUGGUCCUUUGGAUCUCAACCCAUGCUUUGGUUUUAAUAAAUAAAAUAAAAAAAGCCAUGUUUAAAAAGAUCCAUUGAAAAUAAGAUGAUUUUUUUUGUUUGUUUUUUUACAUGUAGCUGGUGGUCGAUUGGUUAGAAAGUAUAGCCAAAGAUGAUGUUGGAGAUUUCUCUGAGAAAAUUGAGUUUUACGCCAAAUCUGUCUACUGGUGAGUUUAAUUGCAAAAACUUUUUUUAUCAAUAAUAAAUUGUUUCAGGAUACAUAAUAUGCAAUGGCAGGCUAUCUGGAUUGUCUCGUGCCUGAACAAUAUGAAAUAAAGACAGAUUUAUAUUGCGUUUGUGUGUUUGCUUAUGCACAUCCUUUUUAAAACAACUCCUUUAACCCCUUAAGGACCAAAUUUCUGGAAUAAAAGGGAAUCAUGACAUGUCACACAUGUCAUGUGUCCUUAAGGGGUUAAAGUCCUAUGCUAGUAGCCAGGCCUUAAAGGGGCACUAUAGUCACCAGAACCACUACAGCUUAAGCUUGGUGUCUAUAGCCUGUCCUUGCAGGCUUUUCAAUGCAAAUGCUGCGUUUUCAAGGAAAGACAGUGUUUACAUUGCUGCCUCUUAACACCUCUAGAUGCUGUUACUCAGACGGGUUUUCUAUAUCAGUGCUGCACUGUGCAAUUCAAUGCAUCUCUAUGAUAAGCUGCUGAUUGGAAAAGCGAGGCAUUUUGCCACAAAUGUAAAAUAGUCUCCCAAUGCUUUCUUAUGGGAUUGGCUGAGAUCAUCAAGAUUGAUGAUCUCCGCCAUAGUGGCUGGCCAGCCGUGGCGAUGGAUCAAAAGUAAGCUGCCUUUUUUUCUCCAAUCCAGCACUAUAGUGUUAGGAAUGCAUGUUUGUUUUUCUAGCACUGUAGUGUUCCUUUAGCCUGUCAAGAUCACCAGGGCUACAUUUUCAUUUGGUGGUGCUUUGUGGAAAUUUUGAGCCCUGAUAGAUUUUUAUAGAUCGAUAUAUAUGUUAUUUUCGCAAUAAAUUACAACCUGUUUUUAACAUUUACAGAAAUUUUCUUAAAGUGAGAAUUUUCAUAAAUCCAAAAUUCAUCUCAAAUUUAAAGGAACACUGCAUGCACACACAAAGCACUUCUGGAAGCUAUUAUCUUGUGACACAUUAUAAAAGUGUCAUUUGCCAUAGAAAUCAGCAUUGAUGACUGGAAGUCUGGGCUGAUAAGUGAGGGGCUGCAGGUCUGCAGCUUUUGCAAUCUGAUAUUUCACCCCAUACACCCCCAAUGAAAACAUGCAGAAAAAAAUGCAUGUAUUUUUUUCCCCUCUGGGGUUGUAUCUGCUAAAUUGUUAAAAAAAAAAAUGUUAAGUUAGCCAAUAUUGGGAAACUGGAAAAUUUCACCAAGUCAACCAAACAUCCAGUUUAGCUGUUUUGACUUUAAAUUUAAAAUUGUCUUGAAAUUCUUUAGAAUUCUCUUUUUCAUGAAUAACCCGGUUUGUCUGAAAUAAGUGUUGCCCUUGAGUUGCUGAUUUGAUAUAUUUACUACUUCAGUAUGUUUAGAAGAGAUGCGGUUGUUUUGUCAUGUCACGAAAAUGUACUUUGACGCUGUGAUACCCUGGCCUUAAAGGGACACUCCAGACACCCAGACCACUUCUGCCCACUGGAGUGGUCUAGGUGCCAACUCCCACUACCCUUAACCCUGCAACUGUAAAUAUUGCAGUUUUCAUAAACUGCAAUAUUUACAUUGCAGGGUUAACUCCUCUAGUGGCUGUCUACUAGAUUUUCUGUGCUUUAGCGUCGCUGGACGUCCUCACACUAUGUGAGGACCUCCAGCGUCGCUGAAAUCCCCAUAGGAAAGCAUUGAAAGCAUCUUUCAAUGACGUCGGCAGGGGAGGAGCGUGGGCGGACUCUGAACCAGCCCUUCGGCAACCUGGGAUGGGGAGUGGGAGGGAGAGGGGACCUGCAGUGCCAGGAAAACGAAUUGUUUUCCUGGCAUUGGCGUGUCCCUUUAAGUGUAAUUAAUUGCACAUGGGUUAGGUUGGUUGAUUGCAAGAGGCUGUUAAUAUUCAUUGUUCUACUCUUGAAGAAUCUGUACUAUUGCUAAUUAGUAAAAUUGUUUCAAUUGUCUUCACACAAGAUUACUCAUUUACUUACCUGUUUAUUAAAAGGGAGAAUACGCUGAGCACAUUAAAACAGAGGAGUUCUUCAUCGAUUGGAAUUGGUCGUCCGCUGGUUUAUGAGUUGGUAUGUUGGAUCAGAAAUUUGAUAUUAAGAUCUAAUUAAUCUGAAUGCAAGGAUUUGUAAGCCUAUAUCUUCUACUGUGAAUUGAUAUGUAUUAUUUUGUUUGUAAAAACAAAACCAAGGAAACUACACUCAAUCCCUUUGGAUAAAGAUAUUUUUACUACCACUGCAAUGGCAAUGGGCGUUCUUCUGAAUCCUUACAAACUAACCCCUACCUUUAUCCCAAAACGGCUUUAAUAUCUGAGGAAAUGAGUUUGGUAGAGCCAUUAGCCUAGAACAAAAGGUGAUUGGUUGCCAUGUUUUUGCAUGCUUUUUAGUUUGCUUAUUGUGACUGUAAUUGAGGAUGAGUGGAAGUCCCUGGGGAAAAAGUGAAGGAUACAAUUCUCUUGUAAAUCUAGUGACUUCUUAUGGAAAGUUCUCCCAAAAGUGUUCACAAACAUGCAUUUCAGUUAUGAGGUCUCAAUAGCCAUACUUAUCUUUCUUUCUUGUAGGAUCCUGAUGCCCCUAUUAGGCAAAAACUGCCUUUAGAUGAUCUUGAUCGAGAAGAUGAUGUCCGGCUUUUAAAGUAUCUGUUUACGCUUAUCAGAGCCGGAAUGACUGAAGAGGUAAAUUGGUUUGAUGUGUAAAAAGUGAAUGUACAUGUACAUUUUAGCUGGUUCAUGUACAUUUAGACACGCGUUUGGCCAUUGUGUCCAGAACACUUCAACUGGUCCAUAAUCACCCUAAUCUGCCAGUCUCUGCCAUAGGAAUAGCUGUUGGAUGAGUUUCUGCUCCCAAAUAAUGCCAUGUAUAUACAUUUACCAGGCACAGAGGCUUUGUAAACGAUGUGGUCAAGCCUGGAGAGCAGCAACACUGGAAGGAUGGAAAUUGUACAGUGAUCCCAAUAUAAAUAAUGGAGGUAAUUUUAUGCAAAUCAGGUUUGAGCAACAUGAUGAAGUUCUUUAUAGUUGAAGAGUGUGUUUGUUUUUGUUUUUUUUUUAUAUAUCUUUUUUUUUUUUGUUUUUUUAAUAAUAUAUACAAGAAGUGCAGGUUUCAGUAGAAUUCGGCACUUUUAAAAAAUGCUCCUUCUUUCAACCCCCAGCUAUCAGUAAAGCAACCACUUCCUGGUUGUUUAGCUCAGUGGAGCUAAACUCAAUAGGCAGCAGUUGCAAAGAAUUUUUAUUGAGAAGUCUGUGAUUGGACAGCCUCAAAAUGUCUCCGCAGGAGAAGAAGGGGGGGGCUUUCAAAGGCGGACAAGAGAUCCGCAGCUUUUGCAAGCUAUUUUUAGAUCUACCCUCAAUGAGAAAUGCAGGCGUGUUUUCAACGUGGGUAUAUCUGUUAAACAGUUGAAAGUUUUUGAGAAAUGGAGUGUCCUUUUAAAUUAACACUUGACUGCCCAAAUGCAUAUAAAUAGAAAUCCCUGUUUAGUAGAUAUAUCCUCAUUUUUUCAUGUGUGUAUUCAUUGGAGAUCUAUCUUUAAAAAAAAAAAAUCAAAUCUUGCCAAAACUGCAGUUUUUUGAACUUCAGCCUCUGCAAGCCCUCCCUUUUUUUCCCUGCAAGAAACUAUCAGGCUUCACAUUGAGAAGGGAGGCAUGUGAUGGGAAGAUAGGGACUCUCAAGGUAGCUAAUGGAAGCUGAUUUCUAAAAUAGUGCCUUUGGAAAGGUAUACCCCUCCCCCAUAACUAAUUUUCACAAGAUAAAGUCGUUUGAGUGUCAAGUGGUUCUUAAAGCAGCACAUUUGAAUAAAUAGUUAUACCUUAACCCAUGCAGUUUAGGCUGUUCAGGUGCAACAUGAAGGACAUCUUUCUAAUGGCCACAUUGAUAAACAUUCUAGGACUAAAGAUGAGUGGUAUUCCAAGCAAGCAGAUCACAUACACUGGUUAUUCCUUCACAUCUAGAGAGACCUGAUGUUUCAGCCAUUCCUACUGGUCUCAUUAGUUUCAGUGUGAAAGGUGUAAGUAUCCCAUAAUUCCUGUAUGUUUUUGUUUUGGGAUAUGUAUAGCAAGCCACACAUAGGACAUGACCAGUCAUAGCUCUUCCCGUUUACUGAAACAAAAGUAUUUGACACACUCAUGAAGAAUUUGUUGUCUUCCAUUUAUAUUCACGAGUGCUUUUCCCGUAAGGCCUGGUUUAGUAGAAUAUGACUUGAGAUUUUAUGUAAGAACACUGUGACUAUAUUGAGGCUUUGAAUGUGCGUAUCUUUGCAGAGUCCCAGCUGCAGCCUGUAGAAGGAAACCCAUACAGAUGUGUCUGGAAAGCAUGCUGCUGGCGAAUGGCAGAAGAUGUAAGUCACACUUUACACAAUUACUUUUCCUGUCUUUUUAAGAGCUUGUUUGCGGUUUAGUUUGUCCUGCUUACAGUUGCUUUCUAUAUUGACCUGUGCCUUUUCCUCCAGGACCAGUUUAAUAGAUAUGAACGAGCGAUAUAUGCCACUCUCAGUGGAAAUCUUAAACAGGUAAGGUUUUUAAUGCUUGUCUCUUGUUUUUGUUUAAGCUUAAUAACACAUUGAUUAAUGUAAAACCUGAUAAUUAGUCCAGCAGAAUGGAUUUCAUGUUCUAUGAAUUCCUGUUACUGUAAAGAACAGAGGAGUCGCAUAAAGUAGAUCUGCCAAUGUAUGGCUUAUAAUUUAGAUUUGUAUACCCUUUUUUUAAUUUUUUAUUUAAAGCCAGAAAAAGGAAAUUCACACCACUGCACCUCGACUCCCUGCCAGUAAUGUUGUAAUCUCUAUAAAUAUCUACAGAAAUUGGUGAUUGGCGCCAGUUCAAAAUGCUUAAAGGGAAAUUAUCACCACUCACCGGGCACUUUGCUUCCCUGCUCCUCCUUACAGAGGUUGGUGUUACACGUCUGUAACAACCGCCUGGAUCUACUGAUUUGCACAAACAAUGCAAAAUUACAUUUAAAAACACUACCUUUAUUGCUGCUUUGUUAAAAUAGCGACUGGGACCAGCAGUAAGGGGGAAAGACACCACUACAGUAUCGCUAACACUUCCUUGAUGAAGUGCUUUUGAGUCACAAAACAUCGUGGGUGUAUCUUUUCCCUUUCUGCUGGUACUAGCCGCUAUUAUUAAUGUUUUUUUCCUAAAUUACAUUUCUUACCUACCGGCUCAGAGCCCCUUUAUAGCUCUUGUGCAAUCAAACCCAUCUGUGAUAUACUAUUAUAUUUUUUCAUUGAUGAUUUUGCCUGCCUGGGGACUAGGGAUCGACCGAUUAUCGGUCUGGCCGAUAUUAUCGGCCGAUAUUUGGUAUUUUCGGCAAUAUCGGUAUCGGCCAAUUCAGAUACCGAUAUUGCCGAUAAUAUAGAACAGGACCGCCGGGCCCAUUAGAAGCCCGGCGGUCCUGUGGGGGCCAGCCGCAAGCGCUGACUUACCUUGCAUGCAGCUCCCUGUGUAAAUCUCGCGAGACCCGCGGCCGCAGAGCGUUGCCACGGGUUACCAUGGCAACGCUCCGCGCGGCACUAAGAGCCGCGAGAUUUACACAGGGAGCUGUAGGAGCUGCAUGCAAGGUAAGUCAGUGCUUGCUGCUGCUGAGCCACCACUGUACUUAACAAGCCACUGGACCACCAGGGAAUACUAUAUCCCCCUCCCUGGUAAGAAGCAGGGAGGGGGGACUAAACAAAACAAACCCAAACAUUUAAAUAUUAAAAAAAAUAUUAAAAUAAAAAAUUACACAAAUUACAUCACUACACACACACAAACACACACUGCACACAUACUGCAUUACAUACACACUACACAAACACACACUACACAAACACACACUGGGGGGGACUAAACAAAAAAAACAUUUAAAUAUAAAAAAAAUAUUAAAAUAAAAAAUUACACAAAUUACAUCACUACACACACACACACACACACACACACACUACACAAACACACACUGCACACAUACUGCAUUACAUACACACACACUGCAUUACAUACACACUACACAGGCACACACACUGCAUUACAUACACACACUACACAGACAGACACUACACACACACCACAAACACACACUGCACACAUACUGCAUUACAGACACACACUGCACACACUGCACACACACUGCAUUACAUACACACUACACAAACACAGUACACAUACUGCAUUACAUACACACACACUGCAUUACAUACACACUACACAGACACACACUGCAUUACAUACACACUACACAUACACACACUGCAUUACAUACACACUACACAUACACACACUACACAAACACACACUGCAUUACAUACAUACACACUACACAAACACACACACUGCAUUACAUACACACACAAAAACACACUGCAUUAUACACACACACUACGUAAACACACUGCAUUAUAUACACACUACACACACUGCAUUAUAUACACACUACAUUCAUUAUACACACACUACACAAACACACACCCUACACACACACACACACACAAACACACACAGUUCCCCUGUCUAAACACACUUCAUCCACUACAUGUGGCAUGUAUAUUUUGUGCAUUUACCUUUCGAAUUAGUUUAUUUAUUCAAAAUAGUAAAUGUACAGAAUAUCGGCAAGAUAUCGGCUAUCGGCCUGAAAGUUCGCAGAUUAUCGGUAUCGGCUCUAAAAAAUCAAUAUCGGUCGAUCCCUACUGGGGACACUCCCAAUAGAAGUGUAAACCUCCUCCGUGAUGCCGACGUGCUGGCUCCAGCAACUCCUCCUUAUAGUCUUUGGCUAGGUUCUUGGGGCUUUCUCAAGUUCUUUAAAUCAGAGGAUUUCUAAUUCAAGGCAAUAUUGAUGUAGACUAUUCUCACAUAAUUGUUAUAUAGUGGUACAUAAUUGGGGAGACACAAAAUAUUCUGUUCACCACCUGAAAAAGAAAAUUUUCCUAAUACUGAUAAUUCUCCCCAUGAAGUUAUUUUCCCCAUUGUUAUCAGAUCACUUUGGCCGGGAUUUUUAUUUUGUCCUAUAUUUUUAGCUUCUUCCUGUUUGUGAUACGUGGGAGGAUACAAUCUGGGCAUAUUUCAGGGCAAUGGUGGACAGUUUAGUGGACCAGGAGAUUCGAGCAUCAGGCAUGGCACCCUCGGAAACCGAUGAACUUCCUCGAGAGUACAGGGAAGCCAGGUAAGAAUACACUGUUAUCUAAUAUGCAAAAACACCACAUCCGUUGUUUCAUUUUUCUCUAAUGUGUUUUGACGUUGACUUUUGUUCCCGACAGCUGGACUCUAGAAGGUGUAUUUGAGGAGCUCCAGGCCACAGAUAAAAAGGUGAAUAUUUUUUUUACUUAAGAGUUGUAAUCUUUGUAGCGUAGCUUGCAGCUGUUGAAUGUAUUUAAAAUGUGCUAUUCAUUUUUUUAGAGAGUUUUGGAGGAGAAUAAGGAACACUACCAUAGAAUUCAGAAGUACAUUAUCUUAGCAGAUUUAGAUGGUGAGUAGCCAUUUGCAUUUACUGUACUAUGCCUCCUUUUCUUUCACACAAUUUAAAAUUUUUUUUUUUUUUUUCUCCAGUCUUUAAAGGAUCACUAUAGGGUCAGGAACACAAACCUGUUUCCCUGACCCUGUAGUGUUAAAACCACCAUCUAGCCCCCCUGAGCUCUCAUGCCUCCAUAAAUAUAGAAAUCUUACUGUAUUCAAGCCUGAAGCUGUAGAUCUGCAUGCUGUCUGCCUCAGAAAAAAAACAAGCAGUCUGCUGACAUCAUCAGAAGUGGUAGCCUGAUCCAAUCACAGUGCUUCCCCGUAGGAUUGUCUGAGACUGACAAGGAGGCAGAUCAGGGGCAGAGCCAGCACAAUUCAAACACAGCCCUGGCCAAUCAGCAUCUCCUCAUAGAGAUGAAUUGAAUCAAUGAAUCUCUAUGAGGAAAAUUCAGUGUCUGCAUGCAGAGGGAGGAGACACUGAAUUUUUGGAUACAUUUUAGGCAGACAUGACACAGGAAGGAUCUCUAACAGCCAUCUGAGGAGUGGCCAGUGAAGUUAUCACUAGGCUGUAAUGUAAAGACUGCAUUUUCUCUGAAAAGACAGUGUUUACAGCAAAAAGCCUGAAGGUAAUGAUUCUACUCGCCAAAACAAAUCCAAUAAGCUGUAGUUGUUCUGGUGACUAUAGUGUCCCUUUAAUGUAUGGAAAAUAAUUUUAAUAAAAAUUUUACAAAUCCCCCAGCUGUAUAAACAGAGAUAUUCCGUACUCUUAUUAGGAUCAUGGUGCUACUAGACCUGGGGUUGGCUCCCCCUACCAUAAUAGUUGCACAAAAUUGUGGUCCUGGCACUCAAGGAUCAAUUAAACUGCACAUUUAUUUGGAAAAAGUUUGAGAAAGAUCUCUUUGAGAUCAAAACGUUGCACUUUUUCCUAAAUAAAUGUGCUGUUUAAUUGAUCCUUGCGUGCCCGGACCACAAUUUUGUUAAAUCCCACAGAAUCACCAGUUUUAUGUGGCAAAAAACACUUUUAUACUAUAACAUAUAGGAGGAGUUGGGGAAGCCACAAAAUGAUACAAUCAAACAUGACCCAUUUAUUUAAAAAAAAAAAAAAAAAACUCUUUAGAGUUCAUAGGGACUAAUAUCUGCAGCGUUAUAGGGCGAAUGCACCAUAUUAGUACACUUGUUUGGUGAUUCCAUUGGUCAGUCUAGCAGAAUUUCAGGGGUUCCCCCCCCCCCACAAGUAUCAAGAUCUAUGUUCUUCUGACUUCCUUAUAUUUAAUCAUACUGUCUUACAUAUGACUGAAUAGGGGGAAUUAUUAAACAGAUGAUUUUUAAAAAUCUACACUCUUUGCCCCAGACAUCUAAUAUACCCGUUUUAAAAGUAUGUAACCAUAGUAUUUUGUUUGUUUUUAGGCGGAGGCGAGGGAGGCUGAUUGUUCACCUCUUCAGGGCCUUUAGGUUUAGUCAUACUUUUAAUUAUAUACUUCAACCAUUUGCAAAAUAUAAAUUUUAGUUUAUUUUGCACCAUAGUCAUUAACCCCUUAAGGAUGGGGGACGUGCUAUGCCGUCCUUAGGGAACCGGCUCUAAAUGCCGGGGGGCGGCAUAGCACGUCCCCGCCAUCCUAUGUACUUACCCGGUUGCAGGCGAUCCCACGCCGGUGAUCAAGGUAUGGGGACUUACCUGAGAGCCCAGGGAGUCUCACUCCUUCCUCUUCGGUCCACCUGGGCCAUGUGAUCCCGAGGACCUCACGAUCACAUGGACGGCAUAGUCCAUAGCAAUGCCAGCAGGGGGAGUGCCUGUAAUGACAGGUACUCCCCCUGCUGCCUUUAAAAAUAAAAAUUUAAAACAGUGUAAAAUUAAAUAAUAUAUACUUAGAUCAUAUAUAUUAUGAUAUGUGAUCUAAGUGUGUGUGUGUGUGUGUGUGUGUAUAUAUAUAUAUAUAUAUAUAUAUAUAUAUAUAUAUAUAUAUAUAUAUAUAUAUAUAUAUAUAUAUAUAUAUAUAAAUAUCAAAUAAAUAUGUAAAUACGUUUAAAAAAGUAGAACAAAAUAAUAUAUGUAUAUACAUGUGUAUAUGUAUAUGUAUGUAUGUGUAUAUAUAUAUAUAUAUAUAUAUAUAUAUAUAUAUUUAAAAAAAGUAUAUACAUGUAUAUAUUUAAUCAUUUUUCAUAAUUAGGUCAAUUUAUUAAUUACAAUUUGCGGGACCUGCCUGACAACCCAGACCGAAAGUCCUGGGGCAUUCCAAGACACCCUAAAACCUGUACAUGGGGGGUACUGUUUUACACAGAAGAAUUCGCUGAACACAAAUAUUAGUGUUUCAAAACAAAGAUAUCGUCAGUGAAAGUGAAAUCUUUUGCAUUUUUCACACACAAAUGGCACUUACACGGACGAUAUCAUUGUUGUGAUACGUUUUAUGAUUUUAAAAUACUAAUAUUUGUGUUCAGCAAAGUCUCUCGAGUAUAACAGUAUCCCCAUGUGCAGGUUUUAUGGUGUUUUCAAAAGUUACAGAGUCAAAUAUAAGGCUUGCGUUUCAGUUUUUUCACAUUAAAAUUCGCCAGAUUGGUUACGUUGUCUUUGAGAUCGUAUGGUAGCCCAGGAAUGAGAAUUACCCCCAUGAUGGCAUACCAUUUGCAAAAGUAGACAACCCAAGGUAUUGCAAAUGGGGUAUGUCCAGUCUUUUUUAGUAGCCACUUGGUCACAAACUUAGUGUUAAUAUUUGUUUGUGUGUGAAAAAUGCAAAAAACGAAUUUGAACGCCAAUUUUGGCCAGUGUUUGUGAUUACCUGGCUACUAAAAAAGACUGGACAUACCCCUUUUGCAAUACCUUGGGUUGUCUACUUUUGCAAAUGGUAUGCCAUCAUACACCCACUACACUGAACACUCCAUACUGAGCCAAGGGCGCCAGGCACCUCAGGGACCCCAGGAUCAGGGAGACUCAGCACCCGCUACCAAAGCGGAUAUCAAAGCCCUGGUUAAAGAAAUCAAGACCAUGUUUCAGGCGGAUAUGGCACUGGUGAGGGAGGAUAUUGCUGCGCUAACAAACAGGGUGGCAGCAGUGGAGGAGGGCGCAAAAGGUACAACGCUGGCGCAAAAUGCCACAGAUGCUGCAUUGAACGCCCUGCGCAAGCAGUGUGCCGACCAGCAAGCACAACUGGCGGACAUGGAAGACAGGCACAAGAUGCGGAACCUGAGGGUCCGGGGAAUACCGGAGACAAUCUCUGGCACUGAACUGCCACAUUUCUGCCGACGGCUCAUAGCCAUGCUGCUGACACCACAGCAAGCGAAACAGGUAAUGAUCGAUUCCUGCUUCAGGCUCUCCAGGGCGACCUCUACACCACGAGAAGGAGCUAGCGACGUCCUGAUAAAACUUGUGAGAGACUCUGACAGGGGAAUACUUAUGGGGGCCACAAGAGACUCUCCCACCGUGUUCCAUUUGAAGGGGCACAACUAGCAUUUUACAGAGACUAUUCAAGACACACUAUACAAUGGAGGAAAUCUUUCCGUCAGGUUACACAACUACUACGGGAUCAAGCCAUCCCCUACAAGUGGGGCCCACGCAGACUACAGGCGGACAAGGCAGGCGUGACACACUAGCUUAUCCUAAAAUACCUUUCCCUUUCAACUGACUUUGACUUUCAUUACCCAUUGUACAUCGCUGCAGACUCUGUUGUCGAUUUUAUAAAUAAUUAUCAUAACAGAAUGCAGGACAUUAAACUAUUUCAAGCACACAACAGAGUGUUGCCUGCAAUGCACCUGUAUAGCCCAGAAUAUAUGAAAUGAAAUGCAUAUUACACACAGUUUGUACACGUGCUACAUUUUUCAGACUGCUAUCCCUAGUGAUCCUUUGAGAUCUGUUUCUGUCAUGCCUAUUAAUACUUUUUUUUUUUUUUUUAAUGGGCAGUGUUUCUGCGUGUAUGUUCAUUGUGUUUUAGGUUGGUAACAUUACAUGUCUCCUGACAUAGGCAUAACAACUGACGUAAAGUAGUUGUGUUCUUGGUUCUUUAAUGGGUUAUGUAAUCAUUAAAUCUAAUUGCAGGUCUAAUGGAUGAGUUCAGUGAAUGGCUUUCAAAAGAAAAGGCUUUGCUGGUCGGUCAUCUUUUGCGCUUCAUGACGCAUCUCAUCUUAUUUUUUCGCACUCUGGGACUGCAAACCAAGGUAACUUCUAUUCAUAUUUCCAAAUAUAUCUUGAUACUAUUAUCUAAAAUAUUCAGAAUAAAGUCCCAUUGACGCUAGUCUUGUCAAAGUAUCUGUUUUAUGUAUUUCUUUACAAAUACCAGUUCAGUAGCAAAGAGAUGUCUAGCAGACAAUAUAAAUUGAUAAUAGCUGUCACUGUUUGCUCUAACCACGGACUAUUUGUUCACAAACUCACACGAGAGAAAUGAAGUACAGAAAGGUGGGUUUUUUUGUUCUUCCUAGAUAUGCGGUUUCAUUCAAAAUGGUAGCUUUCAUCAAACACGAAAAAUAUGUUUAAACAUUUUUUUUUUAUUUUUUUUUUGUAUCACUUUUCCAGAGAGAAUAGUAACCCCCUUUUUGCACUAAAAUGCUGUGCAAUAUUUCAUCUGAACUGAAUUUAAACUAGUCAAACCUAAAAUUCUUAGUAAAUUCUUGUAAGUGCACAGAUAUAGAUGGCCAAAGCAAACUCAACAUAUGCUGAGUUUUUAUUUCAAUAUAUUCUUGCAUCGUUUUUGCAUGGGGAAAAAAAUGAUUUUAUGUUUAUUAGGAAAUGUACAGACCUAAUUCAUUGUGCUGCUUUUUUCCCCAUAUAUGUAAAUGUUGCACUAUUUAAGCAUCUAUUGUGUAGAUUCUUUUGAUGUCGGCUAUUUUACAGGAUCUUCUAUAGAGGCCUAUUAUAUUUUCUAAUUCACAGGCAAAACUGUUCACCAGGUUAGUCACUAUUGUGUAUUUUGCACAUUCUACAAACAUACACAACUGUGACAAGUCCACUUUAGCCAUCAUAGCUUUCUCUUAGGAAUCUGUAGGACAACCAAGAUUGGCUGAAGUUUAUCUGCCAGUUCCUGUUUGGAGAAGAUGUCCGUACAGAAGCAUCAAAGACUAGAGAAGUCCUUUUUGUACAAGUAAUCAUUUCUCGAGCCAGUUCUCACAUCUCGCUACGUGUUAUUACUGAAAUGCCAUGCAUGGUCUAAUGUAAUUCAUAUUGUGACUUUCUGGAACCACUUAUAUUGCGCUGUAUCGUUUUGUUUUUGUGAUUUUGCACUGAAUGGAUAUUUGUUGUGUCAUUUCCUUUAUUUAGGAGGACGUUUGUGAGGAGGUUUUGGUUACCUACAUACAGGUGAGUUUAUUUUACAUUCUGCCUACAGCCUACAUAGAUUAGCAUUAAGUACACUGGGAGCUUAGUCUAGAAGACAUUGUUCUGUACAGUUAUCACGUUGGAGCUUUUAUUUCUUUAAGUCUUACAAAGCUAAAACUCCGUCAGAAUCCUUUUACCUGAAAUCAGAUUGAUAGGUAACAUGUGAUGCUGCUUUUUUGAUCCAAAGUAACAUAUUUACCUUGUAGUGGAGGUAAUUUAAAUACAAUUUAAUAUCUUUGAGUUGAGUAGAUUGCCAUUCAAUCCCUAUCCAAUGGGAUGGCUUUUACUGUGUUUAUAGGCAAUUGGGUACACACUGGUUCAUUUUGUGUAUUCAUUAUUUAACUUUGGAAUGCUGAUUUAGCUGUUUUUAGUGAUGAUUAUUAUUACCAUUUAUAUAGUGACAUGUUCCACAACACACUACAGCUUAAGAAGGAGAUAAAGGAUUACAACAGUUUUGGGGGACAAAAUGUUAGAGGCAUCAAUUCGACAGAUUUUGUAAUCUACAGAAUUGUGAGUUUAAGAAGUAUGUCAAUUCAUUGUAUUGUGCUCUAACUUUAGAGACUGAUAAACGAAAAGCAUAUUGAGCUAAUCGCCUUUUACGUCAGCCACCUACGCCAUGACCUAGCUAUAUCACAGUAUGCUGCAUUCCUGGAGAAUGUAACUGAACCGGAUCAGCGACACCAGUGCCUUGAACUUGCCAAGGAAGCAGGUAAUUAAAAAGCUGCCUCUAUGUUAAAGGUGUGUUUUUAAGGACCAUAACAACUACAUGUGGAUGAAGUGGUUAUGGUGAUACUAGGCUCCUGACACCUCAUUCUGUCCCUGUUACCAAAUAUAAAUGAAACUGAUCUUUUCCAUUAGCAAUAGUUGAGUAGGUACUCCUGUUUUGGAGGAGGUUUUUGUUGAAAUGGCUUAGUUUGACCCACAGCACUGAAGGCUUUCUGAGAUUCAAGUUUGUACCAAUUCACAUCUCCCUUUUCUGUGAAAGGGUUGCUCCACCAUGACCACUUCUACUUUGAUCACCAUUGAUUCCCAUUCCCUUGUCCACCCCUGACACUCUGUGUAACCCUCCCUCUUUUACAUGCUCUGCGUAUGGGAGGUGGGCAAAAUAAGCUGUCACUCAGCUAAUCUCACUGGCCAUGCGUGGUAUAGCCUGCAAUGGUCCAGCAAUGCUUAUCCUUGAGAAGCAUUUAAUUGGACCACAGACCAAGAGAGGAUAAUAUGGUGGAGAAGGUGGUGAAAUAAUUAAUUUUAAAAAUGUCUAAAAAAAUAAAGCAUGGGGAGGGGUGGAAUAAGUGCCAAAUGCCUAAUAGGGCAUUUUGAGGUUAAAAAAAUAGUGUAUUUGGAGUAACACUUUAAUUCGAAACCUGUUAACUUGAUUGCUGCAUGAGUUUGACCAUGAGUCAGGAUUCAUGUAAUGAGUAUCAAAUUAAUAUUCAGAUAGGGACAUUAAGAAUGUAGCCUGGUAUUCUAAAAAGUACAUUUAUUUAUAGCUAACAUUUUAAAACUGGAUGAAUUUUGACCACUAUAGGCACCCAGACCACUUCAGCUUAAUGAAGUGGUCUGGGUGCCAGGUCCAUCUAGGAUUAAGAGAAACUGCUAUGUUACAUUAGGGUUAAUCCAGCCUCUAGUGGCUGUCUCAUUGACAGCCGCUAGAGGCGCUUCCGCGCAUCUCACUGUAAAAAUCACAGUGAGAAGACGCUGACAUCCAUAGGAAAGCAUUGAGAAAAGCAUUCCUAUGGAGUGACUGAGACUGACUCUUGCCGCACAUGCACAUUCAGCCGAUGACGUCCGGAGGAGGAGAGUCCCCAGUGCCGAGGGAGCCCGGCGCUGAAAAAAAGGUUAGUGUUUAACCCCCUUCCUCCCACUUGAGCCCGGCAGGAGUGGGACCCUGAGGGUUGGGGCACCCUCAGGGCACUAAAGUGCCAGUAAAACGAGUUUGUUUUCCUGGCACAAUAGUGGUCCUUUAAAUGUAAAGAAUGUUGUUCAGCUAAAACCAAAAGCAUGACAGGCCUGCUUUAAUGAGAAUCAGAAAGUGUGUAAGAUGUCCCAGCCAAUUUGUUCACAAAGUCUCCUGCUAAACCAACCAUGGCGGCUUGGAGUUUUUUACUUUUGGCAUUAAAUUAUGACUUACUGCUUUACUCUGUCGUACUUUUUGGAAUUUAUGAAGAAUAUACUUGGCAUCUAUUCUGCAGUUAUGGCUAAAAUAUAACGCAACGUUUUUGUUUUUGUAAAGGUUUAGACGUGGCUUCAAUUACAAAGACUGUUGUUGAAAAUGUCCGUAAGCGGGAUACUGGUGAAUUUUCUCACCAUGAUCGUGUAGCUGCUCUUGCUCCCAACACGACAGAGGUAAGACAUACUGAAAAGGGAAAUGAAAACACGUUGUGAUUUAUUUACUAAAUGUGUUCACAAACCAGUUAAUUUUGUCAAACUGAACAUUUUAGAAACUCUAUGCUCAAGUAAUUUUGUUGGCUAAUUUAACCAGAUGUUUUUGUUUUCUUUUUCUGUUCACCACAAAUCAUUGUUUAGUGGGGACAUUAUGAUAAUCUGUACAUGUAUUUUGGUUAAGUCAAUAAAAUGUAUUAACACCUAAUGUGAACAAUUUUUAAUGAAUAUUGUAUAACCCACCGCUCCGGGACUUUCGUGCAACAUAAAUAGAGUACAAAACAGAGGAUUUUGGAAAGCCCUUUGGCAGGGCUAGAUCCUCCUAAGACCUUCAUAUUGCUCUUUCCAUAAAACAGUUCCUAGUGAUGUCUGCUGGGAACUGACAGAACUUGGCAGAGGAAAUGCCUCCUCUUGUCAAACUCUGUGUUAAUCACAUACUUUGAUACCUAUUGAAUGUAUUUGAAUUCCAUGAAUAUUUAUAAAAGCUGGUUGGAUAUAUGUUUACAGAUCGUAUGCCAUAAUGGCGAUGAUUGAAUUUGAAUUUAUUCCACCUCAAAGCGAGCUGUAUGCACAACAGAGAUUUUUUUGACAUCUUGUUAAUGUAGUUUUACCAACCUGGUCACCGGGGAAGGUUAGAUUUUAUACUCAGAACACAGCACUUCUUUAUUUAAAUGAAUGCCAACCAGCCAAUAAUUCUUAUUACCGUUUAGUUAUGUAUUUCAUUAAUCUGCUUCACAGGAGGAUCUCAAGAAAAUUGAUGUGAUCGACUGGUUGGUGUUUGAUCCUGCGCAGAGAUCAGAGGCAUUAAAACAGAGCAAUGCCAUAAUGCGACUUUUCCUAGGUAGCAAGCAACCAAACAUGUUUUAAUGUUAAUGACAGAUUUUUAUGGAUGUGUGUGUGUGUAUAUGUGUGUAAUAAUUUGUAUCAUUUCUCUUUUUUGAAUUAUUUAACUCUUUUUCCUAGUUUCAGAAUGGGCCUUUAAGUUGCACAUAUAACAUCUUAUUAUUUUCUUACUGACUUUAUGUGUGGAAGAAUGUGAUAUAUGCUGUUAAUGUUGCAAUUGACAUUUUUAUUUUAUUUAUUUUUUUGCAAUAAAUGUUUAACAUAUUGUGUUAACAUAUUAAAUGCAACACCAUGUAAUUCUAUAUAAAACAAAGGUGAUCUGCAAUGUAUUUUACUGUAUAUAUUUUUUGUACAGAAUAGUUUGUCCAUUUCAGUGAAUGAGCCAAGCCAUUAAUUUACAUUCCCUUUGCCUGAUCCUUUGAACGCCAAAGAAUUGUGUGCAUUGAGCACACAUCUGGUAUUGAAAUGGGGAAAGCUUGCAAUGUGCAAUGAUUUUUCUGACCUAACCUGCCUAAAAGUCCCUUAGGCUUCAUUAUAGGAUUAUUUUUUUUCCCUUGUCCAUCUGACUGUAUGUUAAUAUCCGAGUUCUUUAAAGCUUCAUUAGAUACUGGACCACACUGAAGCUGAUGAUAUUGCUAGGACUGGAUUUUCUAUAAUUCUAUGCUGGGCAAUAGUAACUUCUUGUUUUUCUGUAGCAUCACAAAAACGUGACGCAGCAAAAGAAGUGUUCGCGAAGAUUCCUCCAGAUUCUAUUGCUGAAAUCUAUAAUCAGUGGGAGGAGCAAGCCAUGGACAGUGCCCUUCCCGCUGAGGAUGAAAAUGCAAUCCGGGAGCAUCUGUGUAUUAGGGCGUAUUUGGUGAGUAUGUACAUACUACGAAUAAAGCUCCCCCCUGUAGCUGUAUUAGAAUUAAGAGCAGGUUUAGAAACACCAUUUCAAUGCAUUCUGGGUCACUCCCAGCAGCGUAACCAGUACACCUAUAGCAGUGAUUAUGCUCUGCUGUGAAGCUGCAUCUACAAACUGACCUUUUCAUUCCUUGCCGUUUUAUUGAUUACUGUCCUCUCUGAGUUUAUUUUCUUUCUGUCCAGUGAUCAUCAGUCAGUGUCGUUUAAUAUAAGAACAGUGACUGAGUCACACCACACAAAAAACUAAAGUUUUAGACUUAAGAAAAACAGACUUUUCUAAAAUUAAAAUAUGUGUACAGGAUUCAUUAUCAGACUGGAGCAAUUUAAAUGGAGUCCAAGAGAAAUGGUGGUAUUUAAAAGUUGCACUGCUUGUCACGUGCGUGGGCUAUAGGCCCAGCCGAGACAGUGGGGAGAGUGUGGAAGUGACAGAGUUAAUGACACCAGACCCCUGGUUACCUAUUGCUAGUCCCAGCAACCACUCAAUUAACCCCUGCAAUCCCUUCUACACUAUCCCCCUUAGUACUACUGCCACCACCAAGACUUUUAAACCCGGGCGUCUUAGGUUACCCCACACACAGGAGAAUUAUAGUAUCACAGUUCUACUUUUACUGAUAAAACAUAUAUAGUUAACCCCUUUUGGUAACGUGUUUACCUGAGCUUUCCUCUGGAGAGUGAAGCUCAUAGAGAACAGAGACACAAGCUGAUUAAGUAAACAUUUAAUCUGACAAAAGGAUUCACAGUGCUGAGUACAAAAUACAGAAAUAAAUGACAUACAGAUAACAAAUUGCAAAACAGUACAUAAAAUAAAAUAGGAGAAAACACAAGAAAUUCCUUACAUAUAUUUACCCCAUAUAGAAUUCUUGUGGGAGUCUUAGAUGGUAUAGAUCUCCUAGAAGUUACUGACAAAAAGAAAAAUGAAUAACUGACUUCCCUGGAUAGUCCAACACCCUCAUAUAUCUAAACUAGUUGUUUCUCAGUGGGCAGACCCCUGGGGGGGGGAUCAGAGGGGGUUGGUCUGGCAGUCUAUUGCCCACUCUAUGAAAUUCCUUGUGUCCAGCUCUGGUGAUGGCUAUCUAGAUGUUUUAUGGUCUAGGCCUGGUGCAAGAUCAAAGACCACAAUAAAUGUCAUCCCAAGGUUUACAAAAAAACUACUCUUAACAUAUAUAAACACACAUCAAACACCAACUCAUGCUUUUGGCAUGACACCUCCCCCUUAAGAUGGUGGACAGAAAAAUUCAGCCACAGGCUGAUUUAUCUGUCUAUCAUUAACCCUCUAGUUGCCGAGACAGGCCAUCUGCCCUUUUUGUGCUGGGCAGUGAAAUUAUACUGUUGGAGGAUAGGGCUCCAAUGGAGCAGUUUAUCAGUGUUACCUGUCACCUGCAGCAGGUUGUGAUCAGUCCAAACCACAGCUACAUCCUCAAACAUGCCUGAUUUGCCUGUUUCAAUUCCCCAUCGAUCUCUGGUAACAUCCCUUAAACCACACCCACUGAGCUCAUGUAGUAGUUGUAAGGGGAAGAAACCAAUGGAUUUCUGCAGCACUCCCCGGUAAGCCCACAAAAAAGCAGAAAGAGAACACUCCCAGGAUAGAUGUGCUGUAUCAACAUCCAUCAUCUCUUUCAUUUUGCGGUCUGUCUGCUGGCCUUGUUGCACUAUCAGACUCUGAACCUUUGGUUCACAAUCAGAAAGUUGCUUAGGUGUAUGCGUGAGUUGUGAUAAACUGACAAGGUUCCUGGUUCCUCCAACAGUAUGUUUCCCUGCAGCCAUCCUUCCUGGACCCACAGGCUGAGUCUGUCUGUGCCCCUCACUUUCACUCCGGUCAUCACACAUACAGAACUUUGGAAACUGGCUAAGUCUGGCGCAGAGUAAAGCUCACACACCCUCUGCCCUCCCUCAUAGCCUUGCUGUCCCUUCACAUUUUCACCCACCACAUCACAUACAUUUUCACAGGACACAUUUGACCCCCCUUGAUCAGAUACAGAAUUUUGCACACACUCACAUAAUUUAUUCUCCAAGGCAGGCCAUCCUCUCGCAAUCUCACAUAGCCCCUCAGACUCUGCAGCCGUGACCCACUGCUGACUUGUUACCACUGCGACUAGUGGUACACAUCCCUGGCUCUCACCUUCCUCCUCCCCCUUACUCUCUGACAUCCCAGCCUCACAGUAUUUUAAUACAGGCACAUCACUACUCACCCCUAUCUCACAUUUGGUAGACAUCACUGGUUCAGUUACAGGUAGAUAUUUAUCCACACCCUGCUCUCCCUCCCAGCAAUCACACUUCACAAUGUCUCCCAAAGUUUCACACAAUACCUUAGGUGGAGCAGUCAGCCCUUCUGGCUCACAAACAGUGUCCGCUGGAGCAUAGUGACAGAGCAUCCUGCCCAAAUCAUUCCCCAACAGAACAUUAACAGGGAUAUCCUCUGAAAUCCCCACUUCCCGCAAACCUUUGCCCACACCCCAAUCAAGGUACACACGUGCCAAGGGCACAGCGGGACGCACACCCCCAAUUCCUUUGAUGGACAUGGUUCUUCCGGGAUUUAUGUCCUCCGUAUUCACCACUUCAGGGCGCACCAGGGUGAAGGAAGCUCCAGAAUCUCUCAGUCCCAUGAUCACUCGGUCACCCACAAUUACACUCUGCAGGUUAUCCUCUCGUUUCCCCACGGACCCACCCACAAGCAAUACUGAUGGUGCCCCUCCACGGACUGUUGAGGGCAUAUUCCUAGUGGGGCAAGUCCUGCUCAGAUGACCAAUCUGGUUGCAUCGAAAACAACGGCGGGCAUCUGACUCACUUGACAUAGCCCCGGCUACGCUGGCAGUCGGCGGUGAAGUUCUCACUGCAGAUCUUACAGGUGGUGAUUGAACUGUAGCUUCUCUCCAGGUCGAAGUAGCAGCUGACACAAGUCCACGCCUGGAUGUGGGUGCAUGGAUGUCGGCAUAGUCAUCUGCCAGUUCUGCAGCAGCCCUAGCAUUUUUUGGCUUUCUUUCCAAAAUCCACUCUCGUACAUUAGGGCUCCGGGUCUGCAAGAACUGCUCUAGGACCAGUAAGUCAUUAAGGGCUUCAUAGGUAGUAGCUUGUACUCCUGUUACCCAUUGCCGGAACGUGGUUUCUAAUUGUGCAACAUAUAGAAUGCAGCUGGAUGAUGGGCAUUGCUGCAUACUCCUAAACUUUUUCCUGUAAGACUCAGGAGUAAGGUUAAAAGUUUUUUGCAAUGCAGAUUUGAUUGCCUCAUAGUUGUUAUCAGUCUCUGGGGGAAGGGACACAAACACAUCCAAGGCUUUCCCUUUCAAUUGUGGAGUUAAAUAUCUGCCCCACUGGUCUGAGGGUAGUUGAUGCUGCCUGCAUACUUUCUCAAAACUUUUAAAAAAUACAUCCAAAUCUGUCCCUUCUUCGAGGGAAGGAAAAUCAUCCUUACGGAGCCUACGUGUGCUGGACUCUGAUGCAUUGCUGUUCAGUGAGGACUGAAGGGUAAAUUGCAGUUUAGCAAGUUCCAGCUCAUGUCUCCUUUGUGCCUCCCUUUCUGCAGAUUCCCUUUCUGCAGCCUGCUGUUGGAUCAUCACAUGCAGGGCCUCCUGAGGAUUUGCAGCCAUCAGUUGCCGAAAUAAAUCAGUUGAGCAAAUGUCCUUAAUGUUUUGAGGGGUACAACCACCAGGCAUUUCAGUAAGCAACACUCCUGCAGUAGUAGGGAGCUCGGUAACCCUUUCAGUAUCCGUCUCUGGCUGGAAAAUAUGGCUGUCAGCCUCCACAAGGUCAGCAAUAAGUUGUGCCUUAUUUUUGCCAAAAGUUGGUAAAUUCUUUUCUUGGCACAACAAUUCCAAGGCCUCUUUUGAUUGUUUGCGAUAGGCCUCCAUAUUCACAAAUAGGAUAGAGAAAGAAAAACAAAAGAUGGGAGGGGAGAACUGUUUUGCACUUUGUAUGUAUUUUAAAUCAGCACUGAGCUUGGUCUUUGGAAAUUACACAAAAACAAGUAUGCAAUUUCUUUUAGUGCUAAGACCCCCUUUACAGGUAAAAUCUAGCAAGCACUAAAAAUCUCUAAAUAUAUCCCACUAGCUGCCGCCAGUUUGUCACGUGCGUGGGCUAUAGGCCCAGCCGAGACAGUGGGGAGAGUGUGGAAGUGACAGAGUUAAUGACACCAGACCCCUGGUUACCUGUUGCUAGUCCCAGCAACCACUCAAUUAACCCCUGCAAUCCCUUCUACACUAACCCCCUUAGUACACUUGACUGCCACCACCAAGACUUUUAAACCCGGGCGUCUUAGGUUACCCCACACACAGGAGAAUUAUAGUAUCACAGUUCUACUUUUACUGAUAAAACAUAUAUAGUUAACCCUUUUUGGUAACGUGUUUACCUGAGCUUUCCUCUGGAGAGUGAAGCUCAUAGAGAACAGAGACACAAGCUGAUUAAGUAAACAUUUAAUCUGACAAAAAGGAUUCACAGUGCUGAGUACAAAAUACAGAAAUAAAUGACAUACAGAUAACAAAUUGCAAAACAGUACAUAAAAUAAAAUAGGAGAAAACACAAGAAAUUCCUUACAUAUAUUUACCCCAUAUAGAAUUCUUGUGGGAGUCUUAGAUGGUAUAGGUCUCCUAGAAGUUACUGACAAAAGAAAAAUGAAUAACUGACUUCCCUGGAUAGUCCAACACCCUCAUAUAUCUAAACUAGUUGUUUCUCAGUGGGCAGACCCCUGGGGGGAUCAGAGGGGGUUGGUCUGGCAGUCUAUUGCCCACUCUAUGAAAUUCCUUGUGUCCAGCUCUGGUGAUGGCUAUCUAGAUGUUUUAUGGUCUAGGCCUGGUGCAAGAUCAAAGACCACAAUAAAUGUCAUCCCAAGGUUUACAAAAAAACUACUCUUAACAUAUAUAAACACACAUCAAACACCAACUCAUGCUUUUGGCAUGACACUGCUGAAGACAACAGAAAAUUGCAUUAGGCUUGUCAGUAAAAGCAAAAAAAUUAAGAAACCACUGAGGUACUCCACAGAUGUGGCCAAAAUAGUAAAAAAAACUGUUAGCAUUUAGUAAUUAAAAACCACAGUGAGGAAGAUACAGAUCUAUAAGAUUAGUCAGAAAGAGGCUAAGCAAAGUUAUAAGAGCUUCCAAAUCACACACAGAAGAGAAAAUAGCACAGUCAGUAAAAAAGAGGGGACAGAGCAUUUUUUAGAUACAUAAAUGAGAAAAGGAAAGUAAAACAAGGAUUAGUUAGAUUAAAAACAAAAGGAGGGUAUAUAGAAGAGGAUAAAAGUCUAGCUGACUGCCUCGAUUAAUAUUUUUGUUCAGUAUUUACAGAUGAAAAUGAAGGAAAUUGACCUCAGUUAGGAAAAAGGGCAAAUCAGUCAUUUAUUACACGUGAGUUUACAGGGGAAGAGGUUCUAUUUCAACUGUCAAAAGUUAAGACAAAUAAGUCAAUGUGGCCUGCUGGAAUACACCCAAAGUUAUUAAAAUAGCUUAGUGGUGUACUAGCAAAACCAUUAACAGAUUUAUUUAACCAAUCAUUGUUAACAGGAGUAGUCCCAGAAGAUUGGAAGUUAGCGAAUGUUGUGCCCAUUUACAAGAAAGGUAAUAGGGAGGAGUCUGGCAACUAUAGGCCAGUAAGCCUUACUUCAGUAGUGGGGAAAGUGAUGGAAACCAUGUUAAAGGAUAGGAUUGUUGAACAUCUAAAAACACAUGGAUUUCAAGAUCAGAGACAACAUGGGUUUACUUCAGGGAGAUCAUGCCAAACAAAUCUUAUUGAUUUUUUUGAUUGGGUAACUAAAAUUAUAGAUCAGGGUGGUGCAGUAGACAUUGCUUACCUAGAUUUCAGUAAGGCUUUUGACACUGUUGCACAUAGAAGGCUUAUCAAUAAACUGCAAUCUUUAAGUUUGGAUUCCAAUAUUGUUGAAUGGGUUAGGCAGUGGCUGAGUGACAGGCAACAGAGGGUUGUAGUCAAUGGAGUAUAUUUGAAGCAUGGGCUUGUCACCAGUGGGGUACCUCAGGGAUCUGUGCUUGGACCCAUUCUCUUUAAUAUUUGUAUUAGUGAUACCUAUUUCAUUAUGUUCAACAUACUCUUGUAUGCUGUUGUGACAAUGCAAGUUGCACUGUAUUUUAAUGCACGACCAAAAAUAAGGAUUUACAAAAAGGUCUGGAUGGUAAGGUAUGUGUUUUUGCUGAUGAUACUAAGAUAUGUAACAAGGUUGAUGUUCCAGGAGGGAUAAGCCUAAUGGCAAAUGAUUUAGGUAAACUAGAAAAUUGGUCAGAGUUGUGGCAACUGACAUUUAAUGUGGAAGAUAAUGCAUCUUGGACAUAAAAACCCAAGGGCAGAGUACAGAAUCUUUGAUAGAGUCCUAACCUCAACAUAUGAGGAAAGGGAUUUAGGGAUGAUUAUUUCUGAUGAAGGUAGGCAGACAAUGUAAUAGAGCAGCAGGAAAUGCUAGCAGAAUGCUUGGUUGUAUAGGGAGAGGUAUUAGCAGUAGAAAGAGGGAAGUGCUCAUGCCAUUGUACAGAACACUGGUGAGACCUCACUUGGAGUAUUGUACACAGUACUGGAGACCGUAUCUUCAGAAGGAUAUUGAUACCUUAGAGAGGGUUCAGAGAAGGGCUACUAAACUGGUUCAUGGAUUGCGGGAUAAAACUUACCAGGAAAGGUUAAAGGAUCUUAACAUGUAUAGCUUGGAGGAAAGACGAGACAGGGGGGAUAUGAUAGAAACAUUUAAAUAUAUAAAGGGAAUCAACACAGUAAAGGAGGAGACUAUAUUUAAAAGAAGAAAAACUACCACAACAAGAGGACAUAGUCUUAAAUUAGAGGGACAAAGGUUUAAAAAUAAUAUCAGGAAGUAUUACUUUACUGAGAGGGUAGUGGAUGCAUGGAAUAGCCUUCCAGCUGAAGUGGUAGAGGUUAACACAGUAAAGGAGUUUAAGCAUGCGUGGGAUAGGCAUAAGGCUAUCCUAACUAUAAGAUAAGACUAGGGACUAAUGAAAGUAUUUAGAAAAUUGGGCAGACUAGAUGGGCCGAAUGGCUCUUAUCUGCCAUCACAUUCUAUGUUUCUAUCACUUGGAAAGAAUGCUUCUCCAUUCAGCCACUCAAAUAUUUGUAUGGCUUGAGCCGUGCCUUACAAGUACUUCAACAACUGAUUGGGGAAGCUGGGAACUGGAGAUUUUUCUAAAAGGAUUUGAAAAGCAAGUCUGCAAUAAAUGUAGCACUUAUGAGGUUUUCUACAAAGAGUGUUCUGUUUUGAAAAGUGGUCUAAUGUAGUGGAGCAGUCACCAUGGAAACCAGUGGCACCAGGAGGCACAUUCCAUUUGUGACUCUCCCCUUUUCCAUGUUUGCACCGCCUUUCAGAACAGACACUUUUUAUACAUAACCUCUAUUGUGUAUGAGGCCUAGACAGGUUAGACACAUCAUGGGCAGUUUUAUCUAUUUCUAAAUUCUCCAGUGCUGCCCCAAUCCUGCAGGUACCUAAGAAAGAGGUGGUAAUAUCAAAGCAGUCAUCUGUUAAUCCUCUCCAGAUACCUUGACACAUUAUCCAGGCUGUGAUCGAGCCGCUGCUUGUGUAUUUUUGGUGAGUUUCUAAACUGUGUUUCAUCUGUUUGUUUUUUAGGAAGCCUAUGAUGCUUUCAAUCUGUGGUUCAACCAUGUGAAUGUACCCCCUCAGAAACCAGCUCUGGCUGGUCAAGUAUCGUUCACUGAGAAAGUAGCUCACGAGCAUAAAGAAAAGAAAUAUGAGGUAAGUAAUUACACUGGGAGUCGGGCCAGAAUUAAAGGAACACAGCCAGUAUAUUUUCACUUGACGAGAAGAAAAUUGAUGACCAACUCUAAGUCAAUGGGAUUUUUUUAAUGGCCGUUUAAAUCUUUAUGCAUAUUUGCACAUUUUCUGUUACCAGAUGGACUAUGGUAUUUGGAAGAGUCAUUUAGACACUUUAACAACAGAUGUAAAAGAGAAGAUCUACAACGUCUUGCUAUUUGUGGACGGAGGUUGGAUGGUUGAUGUUAGGGAGGUGAGUAAUACGUCUUUUGAGAUCUGAAAGAGCUGUAAUCAAAAGGACUGUCUUGUCAAUUGUGAGAUGUUUGAAGCCUUCACUGUCCACUUCAUUGCUCAUUUUCUUUCCAAAUUGAGUAUUGUUCUUUUACCUCUGAUUUAUUUGCUGCAUAGGAAAAUGUGUUCUAGUCCACCCUGCCAUGAGAGAAGGACACUGUGACACUAUAUAGAGCGAUAGCCCUAACUUUGGCGAUGAUGUUAACCAUUUAUUGUGGGAGCUUGGCAGCUCAUGAAUAAAAUGUGUCUCUUAAGCAGUUUUUGUGUGCUGCCCUGAAAGUCUGACACAGAGAAUUCUGAAAGCAGAGCCACCUUGCUCCCAGAAAGAUGCUAUGACUAUCCAAGCCCCAUAGUGUGUAGUUCUUAUCCAGGCAUUUAGGGGGAAUGGUAUGUGCAUGUUUGGAGGGGUGGACCAGCUGUGUGCACACCUCUCAUCAUGGAAAAAGAAACAGCCUUCAGGCUAAAUAUGCCUUUUAAUCCAAAGAUGUACAGGUUAAAUGUAAGCCUUUCUAAGGACUAGGCCAUUUUACCUGGCUUCUUAAUAGUUGGUUUUAAAGGAACAGUUUGAGAAUGAUUUGAUAACUUCCCUGGGUCUGCCAGGUGCUCACUUCCACCCCACAAAGCUCCCACAUUGAGUUAAGUUUGAUAUUGCAGGGAGGCACUCAUUGUCUGAGAGCGCUCAGCUGACCCUGCAUGGCAAGGCUUAGGUCAGUGGAGCUAAUGGAUGCAGGUGGGCAUCCAGAAGAACCCAGGAAAGUUGUCCAACAGUUCUUUAACUAUUUGGUUGCUUAGCCAGGUAUGGAUCCACUGCACUCCUGGUACCAUAACCACUAUAUAGCAGACUGUAGUGUUACGGUGCUUGGAGUGUUCCUCUCAUUAGUCCUUUAUUGGUAUAGUAAUUGAACAGUGCAAUGGCACAUACAUUGAUCCUACACUUAUUUCUUUGGAGGUAGGUGUUGCACUGUCAAAGCCAAACGCUGUACCUGCUUCAGCAGCAGUGUUAAUUUUGGUUUCAAAUUAAAAUUUAGGUUUAGUCAUAGUCUUUUUACUAAAAAGCAGUUUUAGUUGUAUUUUAGUCCUCUAAAUUGUUUUAGUUUUAGUUGACUAAAUCUUCAGUGGAUUUUAGUAGACAUGACUAAAAUCGAAUGGGUUUAAUUAAAGCCUCUUUUGCCCCUUCCACAGCCUUUCUGUGCAGUGUUCGUUUUGGCUCCAAAUUUCAAUUUAGUUUUAGUCAUAGUGUUUUGACUAAAAUGCCAUUCUAGUUUGUCGUAUUUUAGUCAUCUUAAUUGUUUUAGUCGACAAAAUUAAUGCUGUUCAGCAGUUACCUAUUUCACACGAUAGUCAUAUUAUAUUUGCAGUUUCUUUGAUAGUAUAUUAACUUACCACCUUUUUAUUUAUUAAUAGGAUGCAGAAAAUGACCCAGAGCGGGCACAUCAGAUGGCAUCACUCAGACGCCUGUGCCUUCCAGGGCUGUGCUUUAUUCUCCACACAGUGAUGCAUAAAGCAGAGCAGUACAAGGAGUGCCUCCAACUGGCCGAUUUGGUGGCUUCUCACCGUCACAAACUUUAUGAGGUUUGGAUGACUUUUCAUUCCUUUGCUAAAAUCUAAAUACUUUGUGUCGUCAUAAUGAUGCUGUCUUUAAAAAAAAAAUAUCAACCGAUUCAAUGUGGACAACAUUUCAGACUUCCUCUCCUGUCACUUCCAUUAUGCCAAAUGAGUCUGGCACCACUACAGUUUUCGAUGACUUAGAAGGUCUCUGAUAGACCUCUUGGUUUCUCCUUUUUAUUAUGCAUGGUCAUGAAGCCUGCAUUUACUGGGAAUCCUCAGCUAAAACAUCCCUUCCAAUCCAUGUGCGCCUAUAGCUUUCUUACGGACGGCAGUUUUAUACAAUAUUGCAGUCCAGCUGUCAGACAUCUUUCUGAUAGCCGUCAGCUGGUCUUAACUAUGAAAAGCCGGGCACCAAUAAUUUCAGUGUUGAUAAUCUCGCUGGGCCUGAAGUUGGUUUCAUGCUACUAUGCAUGCCAAACAAAUUGAUUUAAUUUGUUUAAUAAUGUUGCUUAUCCUAUACAAAUAUAAGGCAUUAAAAUGUAUAUGCAAAAAAUAAUUUAAAGGAUCACUAUAGUGUCAGGAAAACAAACUCGUUUUCCUGACACUGGAUCAUCCUUGGAGUUAAAAACCCUUUCAGCUACUUACUUUUAUCCAGUGCCAGGCUCCCUCGGCGCUGGUGAAUUCUCCUCCCACGCCGACGUCAGCUCCCGAGUGUGGCAGCAUUCGCAUGCACGGAAAGAGCUGCGAGCGCGUUCAAACAGUCCAUAGCAAAGCAUUUCUCAAUGCUUUCCUAUGGACGUCCUGCACGCUGGAUGCGAUUUUUGUCAGGAAGACAGCCACUAGAAGUUGGAUUAACCCUGCAAUGUACACAUAGCAGUUUCUCUGAAACUUCUAUGUUUACAUCGGAAUGGUUAAAACAUGGGGCACAUGGCACCCAGACCACUUCAUUGAGUUUUCCAAGCCUUCUCGUACACACAUACACACAUUAUUUUAUUCCAAUUGUAUGUAAAAAAAAAAAAAAAAAUAGUUUAAAUCUGCUGGACGUAUUUAAGAGUCUCUGGCACUCAAACGUCUGGUAUUACAGGUUAAUUUUACAUGUCAGAAUUAUCCAUUAAAUGUGAAUUUCAAAAACAUUUUGCAGUCUAUUCCAUUAUAUUGUUGAAUUCUGAAUGCAGUGCUUUACCGUCCUAUUUUAUUAUUUUGCCUGUUUAUUAUGCUGUUGGGUGAGCAUUUACAAUGUAUUUCCUAUGCAUCGUUUUUCAUUAUAGGUGUUUACAAAGACAGAAGUGAGGAGUCUUCUGCAGAAGCUGAGAGAGUCGUCUCUUAAACUACUGGAUCUACAAUUGGAUCCUUUUGGAUAUGAAGUCCAGUCAUGACCAAGUGCCUCAAGAUAACAGCUGAUUCAGAUGUAUCAUGUCCAGAUAUGGAGAAGAGGGGUGGGGGGGGGACAAGAAAAUGCAGGAAAACAAAUUUCUACUAAACUCAAAAUAUAACAUUUACCGGAUUUUGCCCUAUUUUUGUGGAGGGGGGUUAUUCAUAAAAUAAUAAUGAUGAUGUUUGAUAAUAAAAUGUUCUGUAAACUAUGGAAGGUUAUUUUUUGAACAUUGUGUAUUGAGGCAAAUUUCUGUUUCUAUUACAGUGUGUGUACAGACACAACUAUCCUGGAAUUAUUUUUCAGCAAUUGUUCAUAACAUUUUCAUUUCAUAUAAUAUUUGCAAAUAAAUAUUAAAGAAGAAAUACACAGGAAAUCUCCUAAGUUGGGAUGUCUGUCUCUGUGUAUCACUACCCAGAUAUAAAAGUGGCAAAUCGGUGCAUACUUUGCAAAUUUGGUUAAACCCCCAUGGUGCUUUUAGGGCCCCCAAAUGAGCAACCCCAGAGCAUUGUGGGGUGAUGGCAAGGAGGUAUGAUUUAUGCUGGCCUCCAUUGCACUCCUCACUCCAAUCAAAUCUAUAAUAGUGUUUAAUGGUAUAAAGGGGCUAGUAGAUCACUCGGGUGGAAAUUCAGUCUGUGAAACAGCAGACAUUAUUAGAGCUGGAUAAAAUAUACAAAGUUGGGAUAAAAUUAAAACCUUUUUAAAGGGUAAUUCUUGCCUUAUAUAGGUCAGUAUGUCAAUGUGUAUUACUG